AUGUUUAGCAAUUUCGCAUGCAUAAUAAAGGGUGAGACUUUUUAAAGUUCUUUUUAUUCAUUGACCAGUGGCGAAUGUGACAGUUUUUAAAAUUUUUUUAAGUAUGUCAUUGACAGAAUUAAUCUUUUUCCCUCAUACUUUAAUGUUCAAAUUUUAGAUAUUACAAAUAACUAUUGAAAGGCAGGUAGCAUAUUUACGAAACACUUAGGAUCGAAGAGAAAUGCUGUUUUUAUCACAGUGCUGGUCAUAAUUACCAGGCUAGCACCGGCCUCGCUUAGCGCAUCCUUGUCCCACAGGAUUGGAAUGGGCAAUAGCGAAUAUUGAGGUACCAGCAUGAGGGGAUGUGGUACAACGCGAACGGAUGUGACCCCUCUCCAACCAUCUCACCAGUAAAAUGCGUGUGAGGGCGCUGUCUUUUACGUAAUUUUGACUCCCUUUUUAUUGUCACCGGAAGCGUAAUUGCCGCAAACCGUGGACUAUCGGCAUCUCCUAAACGUAGGAAAUCGACUUUUCACACUUCCUACCGAGGGAAGCUUAGCCUGAUUGAUUACACAAGCGAUUGCUCGUCCACGCGAUCCCCACCCCCUCUACAUAAGACAUUUGAUAGGAAAUAGUGGGGAAAGAUGUCUUAUUUAGAAAUCGCAAAAUGCUAAAUGCACAGAAAAAAUCUCAAGUGUUGUAUGCACAGGCAUGUGGUGCGGGGUCAUUGUUUGUUAUAGGCACCCAUUUCGGCUGGUACGACAGGUUUCUCUAAACAAAUGAAAUUGUGGGCCGUACGUAACGUCGUUAGGUUUAAAAUAUAAUGUGUAGAUAAUUGUAUCAAAAGUUAAGAAAAAAAUUUCAUAUUACUUCAGUUGUCAAAUUUUGUUGGAAAUUAUCAGUAAAAUUCGACAACUCAAAUAUUAUGGAACUUUCUCCUUGGAAUGAAUAUAUUCAUUCCAACCCCGCAUCUAAUAAAGUAAUAAUAGUAUGCGUAACUUCAGCUGCGUCGGACAUGUAAAUGGUACCUUCCUAAGCGUAAUUACCGCGCUGCCGAACGGAGACUAAGCUAGGCAAACCGCUGUGGUAGUGGUACAUUGUAGUAGCUGAAUUUUUAAAAUCAAUGAAGGCAAUUGUUUCUCCUCCUGGAGUUUGGAUCUGCCGCCAUGCCUCUCCUUGGCUCCGUGGGAUCAAUCAAUAGCGUUUUUGCGAACUGCCUGUGCAGGGCAAUUACUAAGUCUGGGGCUUAGUCUAAUAUCAUCUGUACGUGUCAACAACAAAAAUUUGACAUGACAGUGGGAACUGCAUGGAUGGGGUAACCAACUAACGACCUGUUUUCUGUGGAUCCUCCCCAGCGGAAGCUGAGGCAUAGGCAGGACCGAAUUGAGUAGCCAUUUUGCUAUAGCGUAUUGACGAUAAUAUCUAAUUGUAUAUUAUUGUCAUUUUAAUCAUUAUACCUAUGCGUCUAUGAGAGAACGAUCAACAAAACAUAAAUGGGGUAUUAACUAGAUUGCUUCUUUGGACAGUAGGAGAAUGGCUUACAAUGACAUUGUCAUCGUCCAAAGUUGUACUUUUUAUUUUUUAUGACUUCUACUUGUUCUUAGAUAUUUUGAAAAGUAAAUUUUAUUUUUAGACCGAUUCUACUUUGCCGCUGCUCACAGUCUUCCACCAUCGUCAAUCAGUGUUUGCAUCUUUAGCAUAGACGACGAAAUCAUUUAUGAAAAGUAAGGCAAGCGAUUGGAGCGCAUAUAAAUUUAGUUUUUAUGCUGAUUUCGGACCUUUCAACCUCGCCCAAUUAUGCCGAUAUUGCAGAAGGCUUAACAGAAAACUAAAGGUUUUAUUUUUUAUUAUUGAUUUGACGCCAUGCCUAGUCAGCGACAUUGAGCAAAAUGAAAGUUGUGCACGUCUGCUCAUAUGACAUCCGAAAACGAACUAAUGCUGCGUUCCUUGUUGGCUGCUACCAGGUAAGUUUGCGCAGUCUGUCAACUAUUUGUUCGAUUCGACAGGUAAUUUACUUGAAACGGUCAGCAGAAGAAGCUUAUCAAUGCUUAUUAACAGGAAAUAUACCGUCUUUCACUCCAUACCGGUAAGUUUGUUGUGAAGAAUUCAAAGCCAUUUAAAAACGUUUUAAUAUUCCUAUCGAUACAGCUGUGUGAUGAGCUGUUUAUGAACAUCACCCACGCUUGUUUUCCCUCUACCUCCCUUUUCUUCUGGAAAUCUGCUCGGGUCUGACAAAAUUAAGACAUCCGCGUCCCAUUUUCAAAUAAUUAUAAAAGGUUAAUUAAGGCAUUCUCUCUGUUAUAGUAAAUUUAGUUCCAUUAUUGUCGUUCUCUGCUAGCUCCAUGACGCAGGAAAUAAAAUAACUCCGAAAAGCUUUGUUUCGUUUAAGUAAUUUUUGAUAUUUAGAAUUGAUUUCUAUGCGAAUACGCUCAGUCAGGCUUUUUGCCUCAUGAGCAAGAACUUAGAACAUAAUAAUCGCUCAUUCGACUGACACUAACGUUUUCUGUUAAGAAGUCUACGUUUGUCUAAAAUACGGUGCAAUAAACCCGGAAAGAUGUUAUUAAAAUUUCUCAUAAAAUUAGUUGGACAUUUCGACGUUUUUGCGGUCCUAAAUGUUUUUACCUUAGUAUUGAAUUAUCCUUCUGAAAAUCUCCGUCUUGAAUACCCACUAGACGAUUUUGUCACAACGUAAGAAUAGGUAAGUGCGAAUUAUCAAGCAUUCCUCAAGACCGAGUUUGGAAGCGAAUGAACGUGGCAGUGUCGAUCGGUGAAAAAAUGAAGGAUCAUUGCAACGACAAGAAACCUAUCAUUAGCUGUAAAAACAGAUAGUGAGAAUAUCCUAUAGGAAGAAGCACUGCCAGCUUCAUUAGCAUUAGCAGUAAGAAACCACUUCUGAUAAAACUUCAACAAGGGAGUACUCUAAUCAUCCAAGAACACAAUUUGGGAAGGUGGUUAGACCCAUGAACCCUAUCGUAUAACAGUCGAGGAAUAAAAAUAUCCAAAAGAGACCGAAGUUUUAUCCACUUUAGCUGAUUUUGAAAAUAAAACUAUUCAGGUCAUAAAACUGGAGCGAGAGAGAUGUCUCGGAAAAUUGGCGUUCUCCUUGUAGUCGAUUGCGACCAAGGACUUUUAAACAGUCAUGUGUAGAGCUUAAGCCACUUCGGGCUUCAUACGGGUGUAAAAAUACACUGAUGAGCGUCCGUGAAACUUGCGACUUACGUUCAUAUGGGGAACUUUCGUCAGACCUUUCUGAUUUUAACGUGUCCUAAAAUACGAGUCGCGCAUUAUUAAUUCAGACCUUAGCAGGCACAUUUAGCUAACAAACACAUCAAAUGCAAACACUAGCAUCUGUGAAUAUAUAUAGCCUCGAAUACAAAUCGAAUUACCGCAUUUCGGUCCUUAGCUCUCCCAAGUAAUUAAGUCUGUAUAAGCAAUAAAAUCAAACGCUCCCAGUUUUUUUUCAGAAUCACGUCCCCGGCGAGUUGUGGUGUGUUGACGCUUGGCUUUCCUCUUGUUACCUACACUGCAUCGUUAGAUUUAUUAAGACAAAGAGGUCGAAGUAUAAUUCAAAAGAUAAUACAAUCAACUUGGGCAGAUACACCGCCCGCGGAAUACGGAUUAAUGUUCUUAUUUACUAUAGAGCUUGUGCCGACGGAAUGCUGUUUCCGGUUGCACCGUGGAGAUUCGCAGGACCUAACUCAUACGACCAAACGAUCUAGGGUAAAUACUAGUCGUUUCUAAGUGAGUCUUCUUGAAAAAUGAUGGACGUUCCGGAUUUUGCAUCGCGGACUUAUCGAGAUCCCAUCUUUAGCUUUAAGUGAAUAUGCCAUUCCUAACAGUGUGCGAUUUCAAUUUGACGCUAUGGACAGUGGGAGUGUGUUAAGUCCAGGUCUGUCCAGGCGGACCAGUAAAAAUUCUCUCCUCCAAAUGAUGCUUUUGCUGCAAAUACGGUACUUAUUUCCUGACAUAAAAUAUUAAGUUCAGUUAUUAUGUUUUCGCGAGGUCGCGCGGAAGAAUAAAAGCCGGCGUUAAUAGGUUUUCUUGAACAUUUUCAAUUUUAUCGCUGAAUUUCCUACUUCGUGUCGUAUAUUGCCCAAUAAUUCCGAUUUCGUUCUCAUAAGCAGUACAUUCAAAAUACCAACAACUAGUUACUAUGAAAGACGACGUCCGGCGGACUUAAUUUAGACAUAUUUAUGCCAUUUUGACUCAACUGUGAAAAACGGCGCAAUGGACUAUACAUAUACAUUGAUUACCAAAGUAUGGGAAAAGAUGGUUUUUUAUCACUAGGAUUGCAUUACAUUCUGCUGAAAACCCCGCACAGCUUCGGUCUUUAAAAAGGCAUGACUGGCACGCUGUUUGCCAGUUGUAUAGCUGUAGUUUAUGCCGGCAUGCGACAUUUUUGCCUGAAACCUUUUAUAGUGCUAGCUGGAACACUGGUUCUCAUUGAUUCAGACUGGUUAUAUUCUUCACUAGUUUGUAGGUUAUUGUGCUUAUUGGGUUUUUAUUCGCCCUAGGACCUAAUACAAAAUUUGGAUUAUUUGUGUCAUAUUUAACCAAUGUUGGGCCUUUUAAUGAAUGGUACAAAGGCAGUUGAAUCAUACGUUUUGGAUCAUUGCUUUCUGGUUGAAACUUGGAUCCCACUUAUAGAAAAUUAUAUGCUCCAAAAUUCAAUGCAAUCCCUCCCAUUUUCACUAAAUUCAAUAAGAAGAGGCUGUUACAAGACUGUUAUCCUUCAGUUAACUUCAAGCCGAGGAAACGAUCAAUGUAAUUAGUUUAUGAAAUUAUAGUCUCCAUACCUCAAUCAAAGUUAACCGUUAAGGAUGUAAGGACAGGUACAUCACUGUAACACUUAACUCAAUAUGUUAUGAUCUACAGAAGGCAUAACUAAAAGCACACUGCACAACUACAGCCUUCAGUUUACCGAGUUUAAUGGACAGUCUCCUCUGCAAUAUAUGCCUACUAGUCGAUGGAAAUUUGUGAUUCGCCCAUAAGUGUGAUACACCGCGUCAUGCAUCUCAGUGUUUUUGAAAUUCCACUUACCGUCCGUUGCCAUAACAUCAGUCUAUUUAUCUACGGGAAAAUUAACCAAGUGGCGUUUUCCAGCUUUUGGGAACUGUAGUUAAGAAGAAAACUGAACAUACUUUGGCAUCUUUAAGGCAACUUACUUUUAAGUCUAGUUAAAACUUACCCCCCCCCUCCUGAAUUUUUGCUCACAACACGGUCAAAAUUAUAAGAACAGUAGUGGAACUACUUUAUAGCCGGUUUUAGCGAGACCAUGAGGAAGCACAGUCACCGACUAUUAUUGAAUCGUGUCGGCAAAAUAUGCGUCCAAACUGAACGGUAGUAGUAUGACACGGGGUUAAAUAAAACAAAAUCUUUUGGCAUUCAGACAGUAACCGUUCACCUACUCGAUGAAUACCCUGAAAACGCAUUAUGCUGAAGGGAGUGUCUGGCCUCCGAUCUAAUGCUUUGACCACGCAUAGGCUUCCGUAAGUAGUAUAAUCACUGGAAACUAUAAAUAUAGACGUGUCAGAGGGAAUUUUACUGCUUGCGUUGCCGGCGCCAUUCCGGCUGAUGGUGGGAGUUCGUCGACCAACUGCUUGCUUCGUUUGAUCCUGCGACACCAGUUCUGGGUUUGCGUCGCAGGUCUACAGUACCUACGUAAGUCGAGACUGGCUAAUCGAAGCGAAGGUGUUAGAAGUUAACAGCCAAGCCUUCCUUGAUUUCGACAGUAUGGCUGUUUUCUGAUCGUUUCCUUCGCCCACUCAAUCAGACAGAAUGCUUGAAAGUCAAAGCCUUGAGACUGCACCAUUACGCUUUUUUUCGUCAAUUAGGAUCAAAUUAAACUAAUUCAGCUGCAAUCGUGCUGGAUAACUGAUGCGUUUACCAAAUACGACAGCAUCUGCAUACCGGCCAUUAGGACGGUCAUUUUUUCGACUCAUCGAUUAGGUGGCGGACGUUGUUCUCUGGAAACUAUCUGGCCUUUGCAACAUGUCACAUUCUUCUUAUUAUGUAAGAGGGACUGAUCUGCUUCAAAUUCAGGGCCAGCCGCUGAUAUUAUACCUUGUAUGUGGCUUAGAAGUAUCUGCGUUUUUGCGUCAAACGGUAGAUAAGCUUACCUAGCAAUCCUUCAACAUUGUAGCUUAUGGCUGAGUAUGUGCUUACUCAGCUGAAGCACUUUCAAUAUUACGUCAGGGCACAAGGACACAUUUUCUGAUUCACGUGGUUGACUGGCAGAUGUCUACGUUUUAUGCUUUUCCCUGUCUAUACAUAGACAGCAUCAGCUGUACUGUCUCGUCUGACCAAGCCACCGCAUCUGUUAGGAGAAUAAUGCGCUCUUGGAGAUGGGUCAUUGAGGUCGAUGGACGCUUUCGUCUUGCAGUUUACAGGUUUUGAGUGCCAGCAAAAGUUCACAUUCAUGCUGGAUGGAAACGCAGGCAGACAUUGUGUCAGAUCGAAAAUAACGACAUUCUUUUAAAGUUCCACUAUGUCUUUGUCGGUACUCUCCUUCUGUGAGGGCUUUAGAUUGAGUCCCAAGGCACGACGUGGCGAACAUUUCCAGUAACCCGGUCGGUGGACUCAAUUUCAACAUAGUUAAGAUAAUUACCGUAUUAGAACUCUAGCCCUCAUUUUCGCAGACCAGACCUCAGGUUAAUUCUGAAGGCUAAAAACGAGGGACCCUCACUGUGGUAUUUUUAUUUUGGGUACGGAUUUUCGUGCGAUAUAUGCGGCUGUUCACUAUACAGGAAUGGCGGAGAUCGCCUCGCAGUCAUCACUAUAAGGGAUGGAGGAGGAAGGGUCGCAUCAGUGUGCGGCAGUUUCCUUUCACGGGGUCUCUUGACCCAUGUGAUUCGUUACCUGGGCCAUGCGGGGAGACGACUGCUGGUUUGGCUGUUCAAGGGCGUAGCCGUCGCCCGCGGUCCCCGUUACUCAGUAGUUCUGGAGGUAUGGUUUCCGCAGUAACUUUUGUUCAGGGCCAAACUCUGCCUUCCCCUUUUAGUAAUUAAGCAAUAUACGCAGCGAAAGCGAUGUAGGGGAUAGCGGCUAAGACAUUGGAAAGGUUGUAACUCGGCGGAUUUAGUUCGCCUCAUCGUUAUCAAGAAUGUAUGAGCAUGAAAGGUGGAAAUAUUUUGUGCCAGGCGGAAAGUGAGGAGUUACAAAAAUUUCCAUAGAAGGAGUCAAAAGACCCUUUGGCUAGCAUACGUGUGCUUUCGAUAAGUUUUGGUCGGGCCACUGCAUUAAUAUGUAAACGAAGCGCGUAAGUGAUAAGAAAAGUCGCUUACAGCUUGUCCUUUCAUGAAACGUGGGUGUAGGAAUUGGGGGUGAGGUGAUAAGACAGUGAGUUUGGAGGCAGCGGGAAUUAGGGGAGAAGAGGGGAGCGCGCGGAAAAGUGCACACAACCAACCUAACUUUGGCCACGGUGGCCGUGGAGUUUACAGCAGGUCCUUCUGCGCACACAAGACCGACUCCCGUGACCUGAUGGAAGUCUCCUCUGGUCUUUUUAGCAGACAUUGACUCAAUGGCUUAGGGUAGUUGGGUGGGACCUUGUAGAUCACAUGGAAUGCCUCGUUGACGUCCACACGACGUCCGGAUUCAACGAUGUGUGCGACAAUGGCGUUGUCUUUGCUCUUCGCCUUUUUCAACCAUACCAGGAGUUGUGCCCGUGCUCUUCUAUAUAGGCGUCUGCUCGUGUGACCUAUAUGACCAGUUCUACAGGAGCAAGUAAACGAAUAAAUGCACAUGGAAGUGGUCUGAGCUGGCAAAUUAUUCUUACCUUAUCUGUGUAAAACAGGGUUAACUGAAAAUAAUACCAAAACUCCUGCUGCUGCGCAGGUUCGUGGAACAGUUUGGUCAGGGCUUCUUAGGAGUUCACUCGCUGCGUUCCCUUGAAAAGGGACUUUGAGGAGCAGAUUCAACUUUUCCGCCGCCAGUAUAAUAAGAUCUGUUGGUCUCUCGAUAAUAUUUUUUGCAAUACAUCUGCCAGGAUACCCGUUCUCGCGAGACAGCUCCUAAAUAUUUAUAAAUUCCUGGUCCAUGCUGUCUGCUGAGCAGACUUUUCCAGCCCUUUGAGCUAAACAACCGACUAGAUUGCGUUUCUGUUGAAAGGAUACGAAACAGCAGAAGUUCUUAUAUUGUCCAGACCAACUUUUCUUCCGAAAGACGCCCCUUCGAACGAUACUGUCAGCUGUUUCGCUUAGAAGGACGUCUAAGAGAGGGAGCGGACCUGCCGUUUCCGCCUUCAAAGUAAAUUUGGUCGACAGAUGUACCUGGUUCAUAGCACCAAAGAGGGUAGCUAUGUUGGUUUCUGCACUGACGACUACGAAGGUGUCAUCAGCGUAGCGACCGUAAUGUCUUAGCCGAUCGUUUGGAUGAAGUUUCUCCAGCAUGCCCACGUGGACACCGGCUAAGAGAGGACCACAAGGCGAGACCAUAGCUACAUCCUCUGUUUGUCUAUGUGGUCGGUUGUCAAAAAGGAAUUACACAUUUGAUGCGUGCCUUAACAAUAGUUCCUUAAGUGCGUUCCUCAGUAUUCAUUUUUCUUGCUGAUUGGCCGAUGGGUAUUCGCAGACGUAAUCAACCAUCUCUGUGACCGGGACGUUUGUUAAGAGCGAUGAGAUGUCAAGAGAAAACAUCACCAUUCCGUUUAGGUUCAGGUCCUCAGCGUCGUCAAUACAUCCGGAGAUAUCUCUCUGCAUGAAGUUCUUUUCGGCAACCGGUCACUUUUGCCUCUACUUCAUCCAUGCAGUCCUUUUCCUUGUGUUCUUUCCUAAAUUUCUUCUGGUCUCAUAAUAUGGACUGAAUCUUAGUUACGUAGUCCGAUCUGUUCAUUAUAAUGACGCCUGUUCGUUUAUCCGGACUAGUCACAAAAAGAUCUUUGUUCUCUCAAAACUGUUUUUACUUCUUCAUGUGUGCUUUUGUCAGCAGUCCCCGACUUUUUGGGUCCAUGUUUAGGCACUGCUAACUACAAUUCACCAGUGUUGAUUGCAAAUGUCGGUCACUGUCUGUGGGAACGAGUUUUAGAUCGUAGAUUUUGUUCGAGAGAUUCUCGGACUGAUUUUCUAACUGUAAGUAGUUAACUCUCCGAUGAAACACCCAGAGCUUAGGACAAAGGGAUAAUGCUUCAAACGACGUUUUAUCGAGUGUUAUGUAAGGAUGGUUGUGCCCGUACCGAUCUGGAUAUUUUGGAAACCUUGAUUAUGGCUUCAUUUCGUCACCCUUUUUGUUAUACUGCAGCUGUUCUCGUCUGCUCAAACUAAGCCUCUAAAGAUAAUCCAGAAGGAGCUCCGCUCAUCCAUUUGUCAUGUUGACAGCCUGCUGGUCCCGCUGACACCGCGCUUAUCGCGAGUUUGUGGUCGACAGACUUCUGCAACUCCUUAUUGUCGAGACAUAUGUUCUGCAACCUCAUCCACGCACAGGUUGAUACUUCUCACAAAACAAAUUUUAUAUCAAAGUGUAGUCGAGUGGGGAUUAUUACGCCUCAAUGAUAAUAAGGAGGAUAGUUCGACCGUCGUGGCCGACCAUGUCCACCGUGUGCCCCACAUCAGGCCGAGAGCAGCUACGUUGACUUAGCGCGAAUUAAUUUGAAGCAAUAGCGCAGCACCUGCCACACCCUCCUGCUCCCUCCAACUGGAUUCGGUGCCAGGACAGAAUCAAGAAGACUAGAGGCGGGAGAGGGCGCAGGUUGAGGACACGGUGAAAACCCGCACCUAGGCGUACCACCACACCCCCUGGUCACAACAUGCACUGACUAGGAUUUUAAGCAACAGGGGAAAAGGGGGCAAUACGGAUCCUAAGUGGCACGGCGUGAGCCUGCUCCUUGGCGUGUCAUCACACUCCAGCAUUGACAUUUCUUAUGGGUGCGUGUUCCGAUAACGUCUACCGGACUCAAAUCUGGCCCCUGUGUUGAUCCAGCGCAUCUACCGCGUGGCCUAUUUGAGGAGCAAAGACGCACACUCAGUCACAGUCACAAGAGCGUUUCUUAUUCAUACUCGAAACUUUCAUCUGUCUUUGAUUUUGGGUUUUAAUUCGGAUCCGAGGCGUCAGAGGAUAAAGCUUUAGUUUCAUCGAUAGAGUAAGUUUCAACUGACGAAGAUGAUUUUGUAAAUGGCAGGCGCAUCUUUUGAAGUAAACUUGAAUAAUCGUAAACUGUAAUGACGGUAGAACGCAUGAACAUACUUCUCCCCUAGUUAUGCCAAGUUAUUUUAGAGCACUGGCCCAGUGCUGAGGUUGUUUUAAUACACAUUCUACUCGUCUUUUUAAUCACAUGGACACUUCAUCUGCUUACUUUUCGCCGACUUUGAGACUGCAUGCACGAUAACUUUAUGUCGCCUUCAAUGCAUUCUUAAUCAAAAGAUAGGCAGUUCUACAGACCAGUCGAGUUUUUGCUAACAGACUGUAAGACAUCAGCGGACCUAUGAUUGUCAUGACGGAUGUUGCCUACUCAAAUCCCCUCGCGACAGAUGAUUUGCGACUGGUAAAACUAUUGAUUUACUUUUGUAUGCUAACCAUAAUUUGAUCGACUGCCGGGUCAAGCGUGCCUAAACUUAUUUCUGUCAGAGUAAGGUGAUUCCAUACCAACAGCAUAGGUAAUAGCCAAAAACCCAUACACGCGUGUUUCGACGAUAUUCUUCCGCUGCAUGACAGCCGCGAGGGCUUCGGCUCGUCACUGGUUCCCCCAGCAUUCCCUGUCUGCUUUCUGGUAGAUACUCCAAUUUAGAAAUAGUAACUUUUUAAUAUCCCCAGAAGAUAACUGCGAACUUAGAGUAGAUCAGUAUAUUUAAGAUCUAUAGGUUUAGACAUAAGUUUUUAUGUAUGAAUAUUUGGGCCAAAGUUCAUUGGCCACAGCGGAUAACCGCGUUAUAUUCAUUAACUGCCGACAGGCUGCUAGUAGUGUACUUUAGGGUAAGGUGAUUCCAUACUAACAGCGCAGGUACUAGCCAGCCUAUUUUCGGCAGUUCUCUCUGCUGGGAACCGAAAAUGUGCUCGAAUCGACUCACAAAGCAGAAUUCCGCCACAGGUGGCUGGGAGCUACAUAUGCACUGCAAGUGCAACUGACCACGGAUAAUUGAGACUUGUGCGGGCAAGUGAAGCAGCCAAUACGCGACACAAGCAAAACGAUUUUGGCAAGUGUCGCACUUGCGCGCAUACGCAUGGCUCUGUUUGUGCAAGCUGCCUGUGUUCCCUACGUGCAAUUAGCAUCCACCAGGCGUUGGGUUGUUAUGACAACUAUGGGGCAAUUCUUCCAGACACAGAAAUAAUCUGUAUUUUCACACGCACCUAGGUCUAUGAGCAAUUGCACCCGUGACGCCUGUGAGUAGCACAUUUCCUGCCUCUCGCGAAAAAGGUCAUCGUAAUCUCUGGGUCAACCUAAUCGCAUCUUCUUAUUUCAAAGGGUGGGGAUUAUCAGAGAAUAUUUUCGUAUGUGAGAGAGGUGUUCGCUUUUAAGCAAAUACUUCAAACUACAGCAGGAGUACGCGUCGUGUGUCAAUCUUCAGUUUGCCUACCGUCCAAGAUUUUGGGCCAAAAAUUCCGUAUCUAAUGGCAUUAUUGACAACAAAUAUUCCUACUUCUAUGCAGGGAGUGUGUGGUACUGAUCGCGUUACGGGAUAUGCUCGUCCCUUUGGUCUUUGUGACUCCAUCUAGAGCUUCACGAGGCUUCUUUUAGGCCGUUGCUCUUAUCAGCGUACGCAUUCAAAGAGAUGGCUGGUUGUUGAGUUUGAAUAAAGGACUGGCAUGCACUGUUAAAGGAACCUAGAGGCAUCCACCACUAGUUCGUUGAUAAUUGAUUUUUUAAAUAAAUAUCUCUUGAAAAAAACUUUGCUGCUGUUUAGGUACUUUUUUUUACCAACUUUCCAGGAAGGUAGAAAACAUAAUAGAGACAAACGCACUUUCUGAGUAAUUUUUCAGUCGGUUUAGUAUGGUUUUGACCACCAAAAUUCGUACCUCAUAAAAACGAACUCUUUGUCCAGCGCACUGAUUGACAAUACACGUCAAACCCAUCUGGAGGCAAUGUCAACCAGAUGGGGUAGUUGACCCAGCAAUCUCUGCUUUACUCAUCUCUUAUUAUCCUGCAAUUAUUAUCUUCGUUCACUCAACUGCCAAUCUUGGAAUCUUUUUUAGAAGACAUACUUUUUAACACUGAGAAAUAAAAUUUAGUUUACUUCGCGCCAUGUCCCAAAGUCACUUGAGCGGUUUUGUUGCACACCAGGAGGCCUGGUUGUUACACUGUAAUACGGGGUAGCGUUCCUUAAAAAUAGUCAUACAAAUGCGCCCUUUAUUUUAUGAAGAAAACAUAUUCAGGCUUAAAUGGGGCUGCUUUAGUUGCGACAAUUGGUACACGGACCUGGACUACGUGGCCGGCCUUUACGCGGUUCUCCUCAUAUAAAUACACGUUUUUGUCUUAUAUGCUGCUUCAUUAAAGGAUCUAAUCUAAGUAGGGCAGAUUAUCACAAACAUCUACCGUUCUGAGCAGGCCCAGAAUGACACUAGUUCCCUCUUUGAAAACCAAAAUCCUUGGACUUUUUGUAAAACAUUUCUUGUUUCAUGUUUGUCUCACUAUCAAUCGCUGUUACUACAGCCCCCUACUUUUAGACCGGCCAAGAUGAUAGCCUCUCCUCAUGGGGGGUAGGUGGGCCUCUAGAGCAAGCAACAUUAUCGCUGGAGAAGUUCACAUGCGAAGCAGCGUCCCAAUUUUCCGUCUACAGAAGACGUGUGCAAAACUGUGAUUAAUUACUUAAUUAAGAUAAAUGGUCGACUUUUUGGUAUAUUUUUAUACAGAGAGUAAAAAGCUAAGGUCCUCUUGCAUGCACAUAUCGUCCACCCACGGCUAAGCUUCAAAUUCGAAUUGAAAUCUCGUCUAUCAUUAGGCUGGGUUGAUGGGUUAUGGCUGGCUGGCUGGCUGGCCAAGAGGAGCAAUAGCGUUUCUCCCUUUGUUAAUACUUUCUUUCAAACGAGUCAUUUUUACUGUCGUUUGUACUGAUUAUAAACUCAUUCAGCCAACCAUUGCAGCCAACUAAGGUAACCAAGCAACUGUAAGGCUGAGCAGAAAAAAACACUUAGAGUUCUUCACAUAAAUGCACGCAUAUCAUAGACUUACGUAUCACGGUACUCUGGGGAACCUAAUACUCGUUUUAGAUUGUCCUUCAUUAGCGCGUCUUUUCCAAGAAGAAUAGACAAGACAUCAUGACUGAAGCUACAACGGGGUGAAACACCUAACUGUGUGCACUAAGACGGUUUUAUCACUCAACUUGACGUAACCAUAUCAUACUCGAAGCGUGCGACUAUGAACAACAUCUCAUCCACUCCGGGUACAGAGCCAAGUAUGCCUAGUCUUAUUGGAGAAAAAUCCUGGGCUAGAUCGCAGUUGGUAGCCAGAAAUGGGGAAGCAGACGGUGACCUUAACCCUACCCUAACUCUAACCUCAACCGUAAACGUUGACCGUUAACUUUAACGGCAACCCUAGCCCUAACUGGAAUCGUAAAUGUAACCGUAGCCCUUAGACAUAGCCGUAAUUGAAAAACCUAACCAUAAUACUGAAACCUAAUCGUACGCACAAACCCUAACCGUAACCCUAGAAACCUAAGCCUAAAUGCAUAACCCUAACCCGAAAAUCGGAAACCCUUAACCACUACCCUAAUCCUAACUUCAAACGUAAAUCGGAAGUCAAAGGAGUCAGAUGUGAUUAUGGAACCCGACAAAAUAGCCCUAGUAAACAAACCUCCUAGCCAACUGUUAUAGGGGGCCUGGCUACCAACUGCGAUCUAGCCAAAUCCUGCUGGAAGGCGAGUUUCAGCCAGUUCCCGUGUUUAUACUUCGGCGCGGCUGUUCUCCUGCUUUUCAAGCCCAAUGAGCCAUUCUGGAGCAAGUAAUUCCAAAUCAGGGAGGGGUCGUCUGCCGGACGGGCUAACUGUCCGUUGAAGGACCUGGAGAAGACCAAUUGAAGGAAGGAGGCUAUAGUUGCUCAAUGUCUGCAUUCUCCGCUUUGAAGCGGCAGGGAAUAUUUGCGAUUUAUCUCUAGGCUGACUGGCACUUACCAGUGAUGGGAAUGGCUGGAUGGUUACGCCACGUUUCACCUCUACCGUUACUCGACCACGCAUACGAUGCUACUUGUUUCAUGUUCAAACAAGCGCCUUAAAUGCAUAACAAAUGUCGUUGUGAAAGUGUUUCGAUUCAUGAGGAAUUAGUUCUGGGCACCUUAUUGAGGCAUAUCGCUUUAUAGUAGUCUGCCGGAGAUCGAACAAAGCUGUUGAUCAGAAUGUAUAAACUGUUUAUGUUAUUUCAUUUUCGAAUGUUCAUCUUUGUUUCCAUCAACCUCUUCAUGUCAGGGACAGUACAAAAUUUAUUUCUCCUGACGGCUUGUAUUACUUCUAUUCAGUCAAAUAGGUAGUUAUGGGUGGAACGUAUGUUGUUGCUCCUCUCUGGAACAUUUAACUUGUUGGCACUACCUACCGUCUUCACUUUCAACUCCUGACAGUUUGCAUUCAUUAUUUGCUCUUGACUGUGCUCUCAGACCCAAUUCAUCAGCUGAAAGUGAAGAAACACCAGUAUUUUUUAGAUCUCAUGAGUGGCAAAAUUGCAACCGCGCAGUUUCCCGCCUCUGACCUAAAAGGUAAAAUCCCCUACCCCAGUGAAGCACAGAAGCAUAUAACAAUUAAUAAUUGGCUACUUCAGAGGAUUGUCUGCUGUUAUUGAAUGAAUAAAGCAUGGGCAAUAAGUGUAUAAAGGAUUUCCCGAUUUUGCAUAGAGGACGGUUUCAACUCGCCUUGCCAAAGUCCGGAUUCAUCAACAAAAUGAAAUAAUUCGAACACUUGGAUCCGGAAACACGUCUUUAAAGGAAGGUGCGUACUCGAAAAAGGGCAGUAAGGAUUAGCGGAUUUAUUUCAGCUACAGCUACAGUAUAUUACACACCAAGCCAGGUGUUGCAAUCACCACCGUCAAAACUACUGUAGAAGAUCGUUUGUUUAUCGAAUUAUAUGUCUACCACCACUGUCCCAGAAUGGCCGAUCGUAGUGCAUGAGAAUAUCGACCCUGCCUUAAAUUCCAGGGUGCACGGUUAGGAUUAAGAGCGUUACAUCUAGGGCCAUGGGGUUAGAGUUAAGGUCAAGGCUAGGACCUGGGAAAAGAUACUCCUGGAAUUUAGCAAAAGUAUGGUCCAUAUCCCCGUGUCCGACACGGCCGAGGUGGUGACCUCUGCAUGAAAUUCGCCAUAGUAAAGCAGAAGCGCGCUGUGUUCAUCUCACUCCACCCUUCUUACGUCCACCAUGUCCUGACAGCAAAACAACUCCAAGACAACCAAAGCUGGGCGUGCGCGCAUCGACUGAUUAAGAUAGGCGGCCCAUAUACACGAUCGACGGAAGGGGAUUUGAGCUCCCAGACGGACGGUCUUUCAGUGAGGAUUCUCGAACCGCAUAUAAGUUAGCGCACCAUAAAGAUCAGCUUAACAAGGAGCCGUUACAGUCUGAACCUCGUUCCAAAGAACCCAGUUACUCGUCAGCUGGCAGAUUUCUUAGGCACGACUUUCAUUAUGCCCCGAAGGUUCAAGCGCAUUUGGUUUGCUAUAUUCAGGUAUGUACUGAUUUGCCUGGAGAAAGAUAUCUCGGGAUUGGCCUCCCCUGCUUAUCCCUCCUCAUGCCAGUAGAGGGCCUUUUGACGAUAUGCGGACUCCGAGGUUGGCGCGACGUGAAGCCGCCAUCUACCCCUGCCACACACACAUGAGGAGUGUCAUGAUGGCCACAUUAUGAGGGAGUCAUUACAACCUGGUCAUUAUUUUACUGGAGGGCUGAAUCGCCCCCCCCGCCAACUGUCAGCCUCCAAAUUCAAGAAUCUGGCACGUUAUCGUUCCGAGCAUGUGAGAAUGAUUAUAGUGGAAAGUGCACUUAACUGCUGGGAGGAAGGGUACCUCCACGUCAGCCUCACAUUCUCGACGCCCUCCUCAGCACAGGUCGCUGCAUUGAGCCGGCCGACUGGUGUUAAUAUUUGGCGCAGUGGUGUGGGACUCCGUCGCACGAGUACUACGCUCAUAUACGGCAAUAAUAAAGAACGUACGCAGACUCAGCGCAUGUUAUGAGCCAUUGUUGCCAUAUUUUUAAUCUAGCACAACAGCGGCGCAGGCCACUUGGAUGACCGUAAUCCUAUCAACAUCUCUACCACAACCAAACCCCACCGCCAUCACUGCAACCUCGAUUUCAUUCAUUUCAAGCAACUGGGUCACAACCAUCUCCAAGGUAUAGCGGUUACUUGAGUCUGUACCUAGUUUUAAUAAGGGAGGUUUGCCCAGAGCCACCCUCACUCUGUCGUUCUGUAUCCACCAUUUUCAAAAGGCAUUAUAAAGUCGAAAGUACUGGGAACGAGUGGUUGACGUGACUUAAUGCGCGUUUGCUCUUGCGACACAUGCUGUCUCUACAGUCACGCGAACUAAAAUUCAAAGCGGGAGUCUCGAAUAUAACAUUGGAUCGUCACACACACUCGCACUGCAUUAACAAAAAGCCACUGUGACCGAGCCGUCAGUCCAGAAAAGGACCUUCGGUCAGUGACUGAUCUCGCCAAAUGUUAACCGAAAUUCCGAAAUGCGUUUUCGGUUAGGAAGUGGAACUGUAGUAUUGAUUAUUUUGCGACGUAAUCCCGUGACAUUUCGGACAAACCGCGGUAGUUGCUUUUAAAUGCACUUCUUAUCGGCCGCCUGCAAGAACCACACUCGGUAAAAAGCGACUACUUAGAUAGUGUUCAUCCUCCAUAUCGAUUUUCGAUUCCCUUGUGCAUUCAAAUAUAUUUUAUUGAAAACUCUCAUAAAAUAUUAAUUCUUUAAAAGAAGGCGAAGGCACGAUCACUGGGAUAGUAGGUUUAUUUGCCUGAGCUUUAGAACUCGAACUAGAGUUCAUCAUCAGAGGCUACUCGAGUGCAGCAAAUUGUGAACAUUUAUAUCGUUCAUCCUUGCGGGGGGGGGAGGGGGAGUACGUCCGUGGCUAGGUAGGGUUUGUGCCGCCUGGUCCACGAUGUUCCCCCGGCGUGGAGACGCCGUUUGUAAUUCGCGACGGUGUGAGCUGCGCCACCUGGCUGCGUGGGCGGAGCGCGUGAUAACACGCAGGCAAAUCGAUGUGUCUGUUGAUAGAGUUGGUGUCCGACACCCACGCCUCCAACAGCUCUCGCCCUGUCUUGUUGCCGGCUCGCGCCAAUAUCCGCGUGUUGGCGAAGUCGAACUCAUGCCCUUUCUCCAGCGUGUGAGUGGCUACUUGAGACAGUGGGGCGCCGGCAACAAGACAGGGCAAGAGGUGUUGGAGGCGUGGGUGUCGGACACCAACUCUAUCAACAGACACAUCGAUUUGCCUGCGUGUUAUCACGCGCUCCGCCCACGCAGCCAGGUGGCGCAGCUCACACCGUCGCGAAGUGCAAAUGGCGCCACCACGCCGGGGGAACAUCGUGGGCCAGGCGGGGCACAAACCCUACCUAGCCACGGACGUACUCCCCCUCCCCCCUCCGCAAGGACGAACGAUAUAAAUGUUCACAAUUUGCUGCACUCGAGUAGUCUCUGAGGAUGAACUCUAGUUCGAGUUCUAAAGCUCAGGCAAAUAAACCUACUAUCCCAGUGAUCGUGCCUUCGCCUUCUUUUAAACAAGAACCUGGGAUGCGCAUAUUCUCUUCCGUUCGUGAAUAUUCAUUCUUGUGUUCAUUUCGCAGCACAUUAUGUCUUCUUCAAAGUUUACACUCGAAGAAAGGGCAUCUUUUAAUUUUUAAAAGUUUUUCAGUCUCCGAGUUAUGCUGAACUCGAUCUGCCGGUGCACUUUUGCUUGGGGUUUCUAGUCAACAGGCUGUACGAUUUUCAUGUGAGGAAAAACAUACAUUUCUUUAUGCUAUUGACCAAAUACCGUAUGGUGUUCACAAAAUAUCACAAUGGAUUUUAACUAUGUUGUAUACUCAAUGAGGAGCAUUAUUAAAAAGGACAUAUACGAUGCUAUUCGAAUGGAUACCGCACGGUCUUAGAAGAUCUCAUAACUUCAAACUCUUUAAGGCCGAAAGAUACCUUUUCUUCGAAUGUGAGACUUGAAGAAGACGUAAAUAGCAGCCAAGUGCGUACAAGAAAUAACAUUUCUGUGAAGGCUUUCUGCAAAACACUUUAGGAUUUCUAAGGACAUAAAAAAUCGGUAUAGGCCGUGCAUAUUACUUAUAUAUUCACAUUUUACCGAGUGCACUUUUUGCAGGCGGCUGAAAAAAGUGCAUUCAAAAACCAACACUCCGGCAUGUCCGAAAUAUCACGGGGUUAUGUCACAAGAUAGCCAGUAUUACAACCCAACUUAGUAAUAUUUCCUAAUCGAAGGCACAGAUCGGUCAACAUUUCAUGAGAUCGAUCACUGACUGUAGCUAUUCAGUUAAUUGCCUACCUUCAGUUCCUCACACUUUGGGUUCUGCGAGAGUUUAGAUUGUGUCGAGCCACUAUGGCGAAGAAACAAAUCGCUGAAUUGGCUGUGAAUCGAGUUCACUCUCUACCUCCCUUUCCUCUCCUAGUAUGUGCCAUUGGCAAGUCUUCCCGAUGUGCUCCAGAUUUAUUUUUCAGUAUCGAUUUGGGUCACAGUUUUCGCCUUUUAUCAAAGUUUACGGUAGGGCAGGAGAUUAGACGAAUGCCAACGUUGACAGACAUAAUUCUUUGGAUCAUUACUUAUAAAAGGUGAUGGAAUCCUCAUCCAUUCUCUGGACAAUCGUUUUUGAUUUGAUCUUUACAAAAAGUUUGCCUUGAGCGUGAAAUAAAACGCAACACGAUGGAUAGAUAUCACCAAAAAAUUCGAGUUGCAAUUAACCUUCGUCAAUAAAGAUCUAUAUGCUGCAUAUUUACCCUCUUAUUCGCAUUACGUGGUGAGUUGCAGGGUUUUCACUCUAAAAGAGCGCACAUCUGCGACUCCUUAUGGCGGGAUUUUAUGCUCCACUACGUCCUAUGAGUGAUCAAAAUUUUGGCGUCACAAAACUAAUAAUAUGAACUGUUUCAACCACCGGUACAUCUUUAGAACACAAUCAAACUCGUAUCUUGAUGUUUUCUCUUUGUGUUCCUCUCUAGUACAGUAUUCUACCCAUGGGUUCGCAGUUAAUUCUUUCUGUUAUUUGGGCUAACUAAGAAUCACGUAUUUUUGUCUUGCUUCUGAGCAGACAGAGUGUCAAAGUGGCAAUAAACCCGUACAAUUCUAUUUUUCAUACAGAAGACUCCGUCAGGUUUGGUUCUGCAGCCCCACGUGAUUGAUAUCGUACGGUUAGCUUCCUGAAGCAAUCUUGGUAGAUGUGGGUACUAUGACCUUACAAAUAUCACGUGUUCGCACCUUCCUUACCACUUGAAUACAGCAAGUGACUACGCCACAGGGGAGGAGUGCUUAAACGUCAGCCUCGGUUACUCCAGUUAUCAGUUCACACGCGCUUCCCUCCACGUGGUUCGAGCCCUGCUUGCGCUCUCUUUAUUAUCCUAAUCAAGCGAGUGGCCAGCAUCGGUUCGUACGCGCUUCACUGCGCGUGCUUAGAGCCCUGCUUGCGUCCUCGAUAUUAUACUAAUCUAGCGAGUGGCUAAGUAGGCUCACAAAUGGAAUUGUUCGGACGGACUAGGACUCCGUCGAUCCCACAACAAAAAGCCAUGCACUGCAAUUUACCACGCGGUUCCCUCCGUGGCCUUCCAGUUUUGAUUUCACCCUUCUUAUCCUACAAAUUCAGCGAGUGGCUGUGAGGCAUGGAGAAUGUGUAUACGCCAUCUUCACACGCGUCCCUGCGCUUGCUUCGAACUCUACUUGCGCCCUCUUUCCUUUCCUAAUCCCGCGAGUCACUAAAUUAAGUAUGUUAACGAAUAUUGUGAUACAAGCGAAGAUGUGAGUCCCAGCUACUAGCUGAUAAGAAGAAGAUAUCGCUGGAACAAGGGCUUCAUUCGUCGGACGUUUCGGAUUCUCACUUGAACCCAUCAUCAGAGACAGUGGCAGAAAGAGGUUUCUGCCCAUCUCUGCCACUGUCUCUGAUGAUGCGUUCAAGUGAGAAUUCGAAACGUGAGGCGAAUAAGGCCCUUGUUCCAGCGAUAGCUUCUUCUUCUUAUUAACGAAUAUUGUUCUAGUAAGCUGGCCACAUACUAGCAAUCAAGUGGGGCAGCGGAACCAGACCUCGCCGAAGACCCUAUAUGAUCUACAUUCGCAUUUUCGCACACCUACCGUUGCCACUGUGCUGGUGCUCUAAGGUGCUCCAAGUCGAGCAGACGCAAUUAGAAAUCUUUGUGAUAUCCUGCCUCAGGAUCUGAUCCGGUAGCGAGCCUACGAUGCCGGCUGUAUUAUCUGCCAUCACCGCCAACACCCCCACCUCCAGCGAUGUGGACUUGGUCCAUACCUGUCCUCAUUGCGAUCUCACAUUCACCUCACGCAUCGGCCUGGUCGGUCACUUGCGAAUCCAUCGCACAGAUACCGACGAACUUGUGUCUGGAGAGCCAACAAACACCAGACGCGUCCGCAUUAACUGCCCUCACUGCCUCCGCACACCCACUCACCGCAUGGACCUACUAGGUCACAUGCGCAUCCACGACAACGGAAGUUACCUCAGUCUCAACACGCCUGCAAAUUCACUAUAUCUAGUACAAUCCACACCCCGCCGCCCAGCGUGUCCACCACCAACAGUUGCAGCACCAACACCAUCACUGAAACCGACUCGGAAACAUUUCGCCAAGUGUCGUGGCCUGGAAGGCUGCCGAUUGACGCCUCAACUCAGUCCACACCGUCUGCCCUAUAGUGUGUUUGGGUGGUGUGGCGGACUUGUGGGCUGAGAACCAGGCUGUCACGGCUCCUUCUCAGAGUAACCUCUGGCACUCCCACGCAUGUCAGGAUUAUGUGUGCACUUUAUGGGUAGUGCUUCUCAGUUCUCCGACACCUGGCUCUCCGCAGGUAGAUGUCCUUGCGCUUCCGCUGUGUGCACAGGUCGUGAACAUGACUGCCCUGUCAUCCUCGUCCCUCCGACCCGUUCUGGCGCUGUUAUUGUUAGCUAACAUCCUUGUCAGUUGUUUGUUUUGGACCUGGGGCUGUGGUAGUGCGUCUAGGUGUGGGUUCGACCGUGCCAGCCACCCGCGUAUUCUCCCACCUCCGGUCUUCUUGGCUGUUUUUUGACACCGGGCCCAUACUUGGAAGAAGAGGGAAUGCGGUAGAUGCUGCGCAAGUCUACCUUCACUAUAAACUACUCCACGCGCAAGUCACCUGCCUGCAUCAGCUUGUUGUGGAGCGUCCGGUAGACAUCGUCAGGCACGACGGUCGAACUGCCACACCUUACCUACCCGCUGUCAACGGACAGUCAGAGCUAGGGUUAGGCCAGUUGGAGACCUGAGAAUAUAUCGUAACAUUGACCACAAAUCACUCAAUACAACGGUCAAAACAAACAACAUUUUGGCCAAAAUAACCAUCGUCAAUUACGAUGACCUAUCUAUAUAAUAGUUAACUGGUAAGACAACGAUUUUCGAGGGUAUAAACCUAUACCCGUGGUCUUGCGCUUCAAGCUCACAGAGCGGUACCCCGAACUCUUCACAGGCCAGCACCUGCGCUGAAGUUGGUUUUCGAGACUCAUAUUCGUUUACUAUCAUAAUUGGCUUGCAGCCUGGCAGGUCCUUCUGAUGCAUCUCUGCCACUCGGCUUUGCUUUCAAUAAUCACUUAUCACAUUCAGACUGGCGAUUAAUUUGUUCAGUUUUUUUGACAGGACAGGUAUUUUGAAUAUAAAUUGCAAGUCAAACUGAACGCAGCAUUUACAUGUCUGAGGACUAGCUUGGAGCUAAAAAGUAGAACACACAAAAUAGCUGGCCGUUCAAAUGACUUUUGAUAACGACAGCUUAAAGGCGGAGGGACUAUCCACUCUAUUCAUCCAUCUAAGGACUUCUCUUUAUAUUUGCCCCCACCUGGACGAACGUACAUUUGGCAGCCAACAUUUCGAUCUUGCCUACGCAACAACCUUUUUGGGGAUUUAAAAGAAAAUGUUUCAAAAAUUUGGUGGGUGCUCUGAGUUUGGUUAAUAGUUUAGAUGUUUGAAUUUGUGGGCUGACCUUUUCAACAACUGAAUUGGCAUUGUUUAUGCUGGUGUUGCCCUUCUGUUUUUGUUUCGGGGAGCUGGUCAGCCCCGCAUCACCUUAACCAACUCUAUUUUUAUUUUUAGUGACGCGGCCUUUGGUCCUUCAACAUUUCAUCUGAAUUUGAUAGCCUGCCUUCAAGCAGUGAGCAAGGUAACAUCCCUUUUAGUUAAGAAGGAGGGAAAACAAGUUCUACCAACCAAAACUCUCAUCUUGUAGAAUAAAUAAGGCAUGGUUUUCUUUUUUGGACAGCAUAACUGCGUUUAACUUGAGUACAGCAAACACUCUAUUAGGUACGAAACUGACAUCACACUCGUAAACUCGCACACAUAACGCUCCUUCCAGCCGUCGCAGCUAAAGAAGUGUCUGAUGAAAGUGUGGGCAUACAUCUGAGUCAAUGUCAAUGGCUGACCUUAUUCACAAACCCAUGAAGCCAAAUCCAUCUGGCAUACUAUCCGGCGUUAUUCAAGCUGAUGUCUCCGACGGUGCCAUAUAGAAGUCUGUUCUUUUUAAAGAACAAAUGUCUAUAUGAAAAGAUUAUAAAUUUAUUGUUUAGAACAAGGGCUCCUCAAUUUCCUAUGGCGGAAAAUUAAGUAAACAGUUGCGUCGAGCUUUAUGGAAGGACGAAGUCGGACGAGUUUUCUUCCUAAACCAUUAUGAAAUCUACUGGAUUUGCGUGCAAGUUAAACAUUGCUGGAAAAUCGCUCAUGAUACAUUAUGAACGGUUCAGGUAGCUCAAACCCAAAAGACAUUAAAGCAACGAAGGGAAGGGAUCUGAACAGAACGAAAAGACCCUGACUUAUUGACGGCACCGAAAAGUUGUGAGUUACUAUCGGGGUAGGAACUUGGAGCAGUUUUUUCUAUUCCGAGUUUUGUAACGCUAUGCAUUAAUCUUGCUGAAUUAGGAGGCACGAUUGGUCCGAGGUAAAUACGGGUCAAAGAAUCUACUGACAAGUUGUUUUUGUGUAUGUCACGGACCUCCGACAAGGACGAGGGAGACUGGAAUGGCCAUUUCUGGCUUAUUAGUGGUCGUCAGCCCGUCAUAUCCGACCCCGAAGUGUGGAACAUCUGGGGAUUGAACUUGCAACCUGUUAAUUAGAAGUCCAACGCCUCUAACCACUGAGCCACGGGCUCGUCGUCUUAUAGUAGUAGAUGUGCUAACUAAUGAAAUGUUAGCCGAAAUUCUGAAAUGCGUUUUCGACCCGAAAAGAGGACAUAGGUAUGGUUGCAAUAUUAAUCACUUUGCAGCGUAAUCUUAAGACAAUUCGGUUACUUCAGGAUGCCAGCUUUUGAAUGAAGUUCCCUCCAGCCGCCUGCAAAAACAACACUCUGUAGAAGUGACUACUCAAGUGGUAUGAAUUUUUCACAUUUAUUUUCGAUGUCCAAGUAAAUUCAAAUACAUUGCAUGGGAGGGAUGCAUAAAAUAUUCAUUUUUCUUCUCAUUUAGACAAAAAUUGCGCUUUAUUCAAAUUUCAUGCUUAAUUGGAGAGUGUAAUUCAUUUUUAAAGGCUUAUUCAUUUAGAAGAAAAUUGCGUCUUAUUCAAAUUUCAUGCUUAACGAGAGCGUAUAAUGCGGUCUUAAAAAGUUUCUAAUUAUGAGACUUUUUAGGAUGGUGAAAUGUCCGUCCAUAAAACAUCGCGCCUCUGCAUUUAUUAAUGUUGCUCGUAAAGAUUGCAAUGUGGCUCACAUCCACCGCUGAAUUUCAUGAACCCCAUUUAUCUCCUCUUAAUAACGUAUAGAAAUUUAUGGUGUUCCGUACACGUUAAAUAUACAGCUUGUAGUUUGGAAAUCCCAAAUUUAAAUGUAACGGCACGUCGGGUUCGAAGUUGUUCGGGAAUUGGAAUAUGCCUUUAAAAAUGAAUUACAUUCUCUAAUUAAGCAUGAAAUUUGAAAAAAGCGACAUUUUUGUCUAAAUGAGUAGAAAAAUGAAUAUUUCAUGCAUCCCUCCCAUGCAAUAUAUUUGAAUUUACUUGGGCAUCGAAAAUAAAUGUGAAAAAAUUCAUACCAUUUGAGUAGUCACUUCUACAGAGUGUAGUUUUUGCAGGCGGCUGGAAGUAACUUCAUUCGAAAGCUGGCAUCCUGAAGUAACCGAAUUUUCUUAAGAUUAUGCUGCAAAGUGAUUAUUGCAACCAUUCCUAUGUCAUCUUUUCGGGUCGAAAACGCAUUUCAGAAUUUCGGCUAUCAAUCUGCAACUUUCUGAGACGAGUAUUUGCCCCUACCCAUUUUGUCCUUCAACUCUGCCGUCCAUUUUUGGGUAUCUUGGAGUUUUACACGUUUCUUACGCAGGCCUGCUUAGGAGGCAUCAAACGCCGGACGGGUAAAUGCUGCACUGAGAGUGUUCCUCCAACUCCGUUUUAAAGUGGUGGAUUACUUCGUCCUUUGUCUAUAUAUCACAACUGAAAUCUAUUUCACGUUUUAAUGGUAAAGUUAACAACUAGGUAAAAGAUAGAUUUGUAUUUGGAUAUGGUCUGCAGUGAACGGAAUGUCGAAUCUUCCGGCCAACGCAACUAAAAUUUUUCGUGCCUUAUUACCUGAGCCAAACUGGCACCGUCUGGGAUUUGCUUUCAAGGUCUCCCUGUGGAUUAUUUUAUGUCCCAGUGUGGCACACAUUGAACACCCGCGCAGGCAGCGUUUAUUUCCAAUUGUAUUGUAGCCGCAAAGACGCUAAAACGUAUUAAUAGCAUAAGCAUCUCCUAAGGAUGACUGGAAAUUACAUCAUAAACUGUAAAACACUCUUCAGACCUCAGCAAGGCAAAAUACGCUCGUACAGCGUCUCCUGCAUAUCCAUUAGACAAAGCAAGUGGUGUAUUCCUCGCAUAUGCCUGCGAUGCUUGAUUCUUUUGGUAAAUUUGGAGGGAAACGGGACUAUUUACUCCAUCGUACUUUUCUGUUGCUAAUAGGAAGUGCAUGUCCGAAAUCAAGUCUAGAAAGACUAAAAGUUGACUAAAGGGUUUCAGACUUUAAGAACUUUUGCGGAGGACUGAACGCUGGCUUGCAUUUAUAGGAUUCCCUAUAAAUUCGCCCUCUGUAAGUCUGUGUAACUUGGUUCUUUGCUGUCUUUUCUUUGCAGGCUGUGAAGUAUGGAUUCUUGAAUUUCGAUACAUUCGAUCUCGAUGAGUACGAAUAUUAUGAGGUGAGCCGAAAUUUCUAGACAAUUAGUGACCAAAUACUAAUUUACAGAAAGUUGAAAAUGGUGAUCUCAGCUGGAUCAUACCGCAAAAGUUUGUCGCCUUCUCAGGUCCUCACUCUCAAAGUAUGCUCGACCACGGUAGGUUGGAUUGUUGGCAUUAAACCAUCGGUCGCUACUUAACUUUAUCAAAAGGGUGUGUCCAUACGUCUGCCCACCAAUCAAAACCUCCACUAGGUUUUGAAAUAUAGCCUUUUUUGUAUGCAUAAAAUAUAGUCAGUAGAUAUGCGUUGACUCAACCCAACGCGUGGAAAUGGUACGAAGAAUGCUCUGCCAUUUUAAUGUAUCUAACUGCGACGAUCAAUCUCUUGUGGUUUCGCAAGGCCUAAUUUUAAUCGGGGAAACACGUUUAACAAUAAAUAAUGAUAAGUUACGGUUAGGAGGUUUUUUGUCAAAGGUGACUGGUCUUUUUGACAUUUAGAUCUCAUAAUGUAAGGAUUGAUUUUAAAACAGUGCUUUUAGUGUGAAAACCACUUACAUUUAUCUUUCCUUAUAAAACCUUGCAAUCAUUGACUUGGCUUUUCGCGAUGAAGAAAAAGCAGAACUGCAUUAUGGAUGCAUGACCAUUUCGGACAAUAUUUCAAUUUUAAAAGACACAGCAGCAUUAAAAUAAAUGAGUAUGUUUCGAAAUGCAUCACUUCCGACCUAAACUAUUGCGGUUGCAAUCAGUUGUCUUAGUACCGUUCUGAGAACGCAUGGAUUUACGAAGCAAAUUAAAUAUUCGCAAACCCAAAAAUGGAGUUCAGGGGAGUAAGCAAGAGCUCACUGCUUACUUGGAUUGGCACAUUUCCCCCAAUGUGGCGGCAAUGAGAGGAGGGAAAUUUAAGAGUGCAAUGUCGCUGUUUAGCGCUUUAUGACCCCAGAGUCUAGUUGGAAGAUUUCGUCGACAUCUGCUCCAUUAUGCACCUUUGUCUUCCUGCCUGGACGAUUCUUCAGACAUGGACUGCUGCGGAGUUGGUUAUCGAAUGCUGCUACUUAAGCCUUUCUUUGAGGCAUUCAAAGUCUUUCUUUUACCCUCACGGUGCCUAAAUGAAGACUCCGCCAAGACAAUCAGGCUGCUACGAUCUCGGUUUUUUUCAGUCUGUGGAUUUGGGUUCUCGUUUUAUUUUCUGCCCUCUUAGACACAGCCACGGUGGACCCUUAGCGCACUACUGGUGGCAACUGAGACUGCAGGAACAGACAGACUAAUCAAGUUAGCUAAUUUAGUUCCUGCUUGCCUUGCUACCUGCGUGUAAGAGGCGAGGAAGAAGAUGCAAUAUUUGAUAACAGAAUACGCCCACCACAGUUUUUUCACCAUACUGCAGUCUGCCUGCUAAGUAUGUUAACUAAUUUUGCGCAAUCACCCUGCUGAUUGCGGAACAGUGCUCAAAUCUUGACAGAAGUGAUUGAGCUAUGGUCGGCGCUCCAAAUUUAGUGGAUAGAAAGGAGUUCACUAUUUACCGGACUUAUUACGAUUCCUAGGUAUUUCGUUGCGUUCAUUUCACAACGGCCGUCGAAACAUUAUGAUUAGCGGAAAGGAGUGAAGUUAGAUUUCGUAGCUAUUGCCUGCUAAAAACUGACCCGUUCUUCCAAUCGUGAACACUAUAUAGCAUAACGUCUUUGGCUCUACUUUCGCCCAUCUCGUGUUAACUCCAAUCUUUUUAACUUUUCCGGUCUUCCGGCUCUUUCAAUAGCAGUGAACUUAGCCCUGUCAGGUUACGGUUAGUAUCCAUACUUCGAGAAUGUUAGUCUUGCGGGGAUGCCUAGCGCAAACUGGAAACGUUGUUUACCGGUAACCAGAAAACUAUUAAAUUGGCAACUUCAAAUGGUCGGUAUUUUUGCAAAAAUCCGAUGUCAUCACGGCACUACAGAGGACUUAGUUUGAAAAUUUACACGCUGAUCUUUUCCUUUAAUUUAACUGGACCUAAUUUCACCUAUAUUUAUGGAAACAGGUCGCCGGCUACGUUUUAAUCUCUCCAAAACGUCGCCAUAUAAAAAACAUUGAGAUAAAAUGGAUAUCCUUUUUGAAAAACCCCUUAAAUAUGUGACACAGAGCUGUGCUUAUUAUGUCUAUUCGCUUUUGUUGCUGUCGUCAGGUCUUUCUCACCCAAGUUACAUGUGCCAUCAAGGGGUGAAUUUUGUGAACCUACAAUCUGGAACGUCCGCAUGGAAUGUAUAGGCCUAUACUGGGUCUUGCGCACCGAAGGGCCAUUUUCGCUUACCUUAUUCAUUGUCUACUGCAGUAUAGCUCUCUUCCCUUAAGCAACUGUUUUCCGUCGACAGUGGAUCAAUAUCCUUUAUGAAGAUCUCCCCAAACCUCUCAGUGUGUUAGAAAAACUGCUCUACCUACCAUUUAAAAAUACUGUCACACCUAUAUGCCUAAAAAUGUUAACACGCAAAGGCAAGUCUUCUAUGUACCAGAGCGAUUUCGGAUGCAGAUAUUAGAAUCCAUGUGCACCGGAAGCUGAAGGGUUAUGCAGUUCUCAGCAACAUAGUGUGAUUUUCCUACUUUUAUCAUUGUUUUACGACCUGACAGUUAGAGGGUUUGCCUGGUUUUAGCACCCAGUAACGAUCCUUUUGCGCAGCAACGAAAAACUCCAAUUUCUGAAAAAAUAUACACUGGCAGCUCUUCCUGCGCAUCACCUCAGUUAUCACUUUGAAAACGCAGAGAUAAACCUGCGUUUCGUUUUUUCGGGUGCAUUUUCUCCCCUAUAUUUAUCAAUAACGGUCUUCUGAAUGUAACUUUUGUAGAUUCAUUCGGAAAUACGUUGUCCGUGGUUAUUUUUCCCACAGUUGAAUGGAAAAAAAAUAGUUGAUGGCGGGUAGGCUUCGGGAGCCUCUUUAUUCUGCAUUUAAGGCGCAUCUUCAGCGGAUCCCUCCUCCGCCAUGUUUAGUCAUUAGUGUCGAUAGUGUUCGACACGGUUGAUACAAGCAGUUGGCAAAACCGCUUCACGUCGAAAGUUUUCGAUUGUUCACACUCUACUCUUCAAAUGCGCCGGCCUUAAUUAAAUUAUGAAAUGCUGUCGUCAUAAAUUUCGUAUAAGCACAUGACAUUUUCCCCCACUAACCAUGCACUUUACCUGCGUUCACAUCGAUAGGAAUUAAUAGCGAACUCACAGAUUUUGUAGAAUGAUUCAUAGUAGAAAAAAGCAUUGAAACGUGUGUUGGUUUUUGACUUUUUGGAGUAAACACUUCUAACUUUAAGUAAGCCGGAUAUUUUUUAUUAAACAAUGUAUCCAAAAACAACGCUUUUUGCCUUUUUAAUCUGACAGUACAGACCAAAGUCAAAAAAUCCACUUACUGAAAGGAUAUUUUGAACCCUGCUGAGGCACAGGUAGAAGCAAGUGUUGUCCUCGAUUUUUCAGAUACAUAUCUGGGUAGGAAGUCCUCGUACAUUUCUAAAAAUGUAGCGUAUACUGAAUUUGAUAUUUUGACAUCCUUAUGUUUUUACAUGUGACUGCCAGUUAAGUGUUUGAUAAUGCAAUUUGAGGAAUGACGUGUAGGAAUUGGCUUUUGUAACACUGAAUACGCUAGCGAGAGAAGCGAUAAGCCGAAACGAUGGCCCAUGGGAGGUUCCGUCUUAGGGUUCAUUGUUCUUUUGAAAUUUAGAUUUCAACCACUUGAGUUAACUUGUAGUAGCAUUUUAGACCGAUUUUUCCUGUUGGUUACCGGCACUGUAGUGGGCUCGUUAAAAGAGGCCUAGUUCCAAUGUAUUAAUCAAUUUGUGGAUCGCAAAAAGCACAUUAAUGUUGAGGACCCAUUCGCUAACAACCGGAAAGACAACUACAGUUUUUUCAACAUUUCUUUGGCGACUGCUUACUUUCGCGGUACCUUAUUAAAAACUACUCUUUUUUAGGCUAUCCUGUACAUUCCCCAGAGUACUAUCUUCCGUACUUCCGUAAGACUGGUGUCUCCACAGUUAUUCGUCUAAACAAGAAAAUCUAUGACGCCAACAGGUUCACCGAUGCAGGAAUUCAGCACUAUGACCUUUUCUUUCCCGAUGGCGGUGUUCCUCCGGACUCCAUCAUGCGCCAGUUUUUGGAUAUUUGCGAAAAAUCUCCGGGGGCUAUCGCUGUCCACUGCAAAGGUGAGGUUAACCAGGCCUGUCUCUUGAGGCAAAAAUAAGACAAAUAUAUCCAGUUGUUUGUCCCGGAAAUUGUGUUUUAAUGCCCAAUAACUAAUCUGUUUGGGGCCCAGCUUCGACGUUUUAAUGCCCGCGUUCCUGUACUGUUUUUCAUUUUGGACGGAAGGUUUACGACUUCCUGAAAAAAGAUCCGUGCAAAGAUGUUUUGAAACUAUAUUCCAUAGCAUGUGCUGAGGUGCGUACACCUGAACCCAGUCGAUUUUUUGAAGUUUUUUUGUAAAAGAAACACAGUCACAUGAUGCUGGCAUUCGCUAACGUUACCUUACUGAAGGACGAAAUGUGGGUGUUCCAUUUGCCUUGAAAUUGCAACUUUGAGCUCCGUUGGCGAUGGCGUAGACACAGGUACUUAAUAAUCAGUAAAUUUGGCCAACAGCGCCUAGGUGUUAUCCCAGGGCCUCCCGACUCUGUGUGGUGUGUGGGCCGACUUGCGACUGCAGACGAUCCACGAUCGACCAUUCCAAUCUGUAUUGAUUUUUGGAAGAAGGCAACUUUGAUUUUCAACCAAUAAAAUGUUUUCUAAAAGUCCCCUAAGCAUCAUAGUCCGAAGACAAACAAAAGGGUUUCCACCUAGCCCACGAGUCCGACUAUUGGUUAAAACCUCGCUUUUCGCCGAAUUGUUCUAAUUGUUUUCUCUUUAGCCGUGUCUUUAGUCAGAAUGAGUGAAUAGCGAAUUCAAUUAAUCAUAUUGAGGAAAAAUAUUCGGGUUUCUGCACUAAAGUGGAAAAGUACCUUUAGGUUAGCGCAUAGGCAGAGUGUCGAUUCGAUUUGAAAUGAGCGUCCUCAAUAGGUACUGCAUCCAAAGCAACAUUUGUUAACCUCAGUUGGCAGGAUGUCACACGCAAAAUACGAGCUUUUUGUUGAUGAUCCAAAAGCGUAGCUGAGGUAUGGUCCACAAGAUUCGUGCGUGGACUACUUCUUAGUUUAGUUGCUUAGGCAAUAAUUUGAAUGGGGAUUUUACCUUGACCUUCUUGUUCCAACUACGAAUAUUACAGGAUUCUUCAGUAGAAAACAUGUAAAAUUUCAGCCUCGUUGUUUUUACUGUGGAAUUUAAUUUAAAAGCGUUUUCAAAAUUUUUAUAAUUUACGCUUGUUCAAAUAAGCCUUAUGUAAGACUCGCGUCUUCCACAGUAAUUUUUGUUCUCAAUAAUAAUCACAAAGAAGCCUCUGCGAUUCCUACUACCAAGUCUGCGCAAUGCACUUAAAACUCUCACCGUACCGUGUUGCAUCUUGCCUGCGGGCAACGCCCAAACACGUUUCCGGCGAGGCCUCACUCCUUUGCUUGUCUCUUGAUUUUGCUUUGUUCUCUCGGGGCGGGGAUUUUGCGGAAUUCUGCAAAGCACCUAAUCUAUAUUUUUCGUCGUUGAAAAAAUUCUAAAGUAUCUUUUGCUGGUAAAGCCUUACUGGGUGCAUUCCACGAAAACGUAAACAAAAUAUCUUCGCUCUGCAGUACCAAAGUCUUUUAGUAUAGAGCAUUUGCAGGCGAGUGGAGUGACAUGUACGAAAUCAACUAGUUUUGGCAAAGCGGUAUAAAAAAUGAUGCUUUUACGGGCGUUACGUCUUAAAAUCUCGUUCAGUGGAAUUUUCAUGAUUCUUUCCAUUAUGUCUAGCAUAUUAGCUUUUUAUUCUCUACGUGUCUGGAAUGCCGGUCCACUGGUUUUGCUCGUGAUUUAGUGCAUCCUAACAUGGCGGGCUGUGCAUUAAGGACCGACAAUCAUAAAGCAGUCUUCAUUGGCAAAGGAUGGUCAUGCAGUACAUUUAUAAUGGUCAACCCAUUCUAAAAUAAAUCCUUUGCUUAUGGAGAUGGGUCUCUUAUGUGAAAUUUUAAGCUGUUUCAAGUUCAAAUCACAUCUCUGUUUGUUAAGCACGGAGCGAUCCAAAAAGACCUUGUGCUUCUAGCUUUCAUGAAUACAUUUAUAUCGUAAAGACAAACACGUGGUGUGAAGUUUAUGAUCGAUACUUGUGUUGCAUUUUUCUUACGCCACCAAGGAGGAUAUCGUUCUAAGACAAAAACAUAUCCUAAAACAACUGAAUUGCGCCAGAUGGUCAAUCGCAUUGGAACACAAAACAAUAUUACCCAUUUUCACUUUUGUCUGAAGGUGGAGAAGGAGUUAUAAAAUGGUAAUAAAUUAAAUUCAGAAUGCACAUUAUAUGAGCCUACAAAGUAAGAGCAAAACUUAAAAAGACAGGGAGCACUCAGGUGUUCUCGUGAGACCGGGCAGGACUUCAAACAGAAGCUAUUUGAUAUUUGUGGGAGAAACAUAACUUCGAGAGCGGCUGCUUGCCCCUUACUUCAUUCUUCCUUAGCCAUGCUCGAAUUAAAAAAUCGAAGUGUCGACUUUAUCCCUAGAUGCUGAAAGCUCCCCUAUCGUUAAAUCUAACCGCUGGCUCUCACGAAAGCGCAAAGAAAAUCUAUGUAUUGACUUACCAAUGUACUCGAACUGUUUGAUCUAUCUGCAUUCAAUGUAGUUUAAAAUUUUAAUACACAUUCAUCACUCGUUUUGCUUGAAAAAUAGCGCAACUGAGAGAAGAGCUAGCCGUUCGAAAUAGCAACCUUAUUUUUUGCGGUUACUCGUUUCUUCCGAAUUUUUCCCCUCAAGUUGUUUGUCGCACAAAAAUUCGAGUGUUUCUGUUUACAGAAGUGUGUAGAAUCUGGAUGCUGACCAUACUUGUUUCUGUCUUACACCGUUACCACCUUUUAUGAGUGACUUCAGAGGUCUUUCUUGUUCAUAUUUUCGUUUAUGGACCUGGCAGCAAGCAUACACAGGUGUUGCCCGUUAACCGUUCCCCUCCAUUUCCUACGCCAUUUUUUUCGUGAGCUGCUUCACCCAACGGGAGCUGCAGCUGCAGUGCUGAUUCUUGCCUGCAAUGCAUUGUUGAAGUGGUUUUUGGGAAACUGUCAAACUUUGACUACUGUUUGUGAAACUACCGAAGACUUCCGGCAGGUCUAGCAUAGCGUGAAGUCAGCACCCCUUGUCUGUUUAAGCAUGGCUUGGAAGUCAGGGAAAGACCCUUUUAACGAAAACUUGAAGCAAUGCCAGGGAGAGAACUGCACAAAGUUUUUAGCCGUCGCAAAAAGCGCAGAAACACUUGUCUUAAAGCAUGUCAAAUUGUUGUGUACACCCGCCUCUCUUUAGCUCCUAUCUAGCACAUGUUCCAGCAGAUAAAACGUUGACUUGCAGUUUUUAAGCUCUACUCAGUAUAAACCCUUUAUAUACAGAUGGAUCGGGAAAAAAGGUAUUGUCAAGACUUAAAGAGUUGUUGGUUUUUAUCCUGGCAGUUGAUGUUACUGCGUAAGCUGAUAAAUUAGCUCUCAUAUCUUUUAAAACAAACACAUGCCUUAGCAUUUUCUGGCACCAACAAAUAUAUCUAACGUUUUUCAACUGCCUCCUAUCGCUUGGUUUCAAUCUCUUCAUAAUGUGAGACCGACAAAAUAACGAAUAAGAAAACAGAGUCUAAUAAAUAAAAAGUAAUCUCAAGCCACGACGGGAAAGUAAUACGAAGACAGCAAUGCACAAAUUUUGUGAAUGGGCAUUACCAUGGCAGACCAAGUUUAUCACGUGAUGUAGUUGCUUUUGCAAAUCUUGUUUUUCUUCCGUAACUGGGUUUCCUUCCAACAAUGCAGUGUUUACGCACGAGCAUUGACCCGGAAGGCGAGUUUUGGGACAUUUGACUGUCCUAUCUCUGGUUCUUUGAAAUAAUUUAUAACUCAUUCCAGAGAAAAUCUCAUCAGAUAUACACUAUCCUAAGUAAAAUUCUUGUAAGCUCCCUGCUAAUAAACGCAUUUAAACAACAGCCGUCAAACAGGCCAGUUCCCAUUUAACACACAGGAUAUCUCAUCGAAACUUCACAAAAGUGGAUGGAUAUUAUUUCACCUUAGACUGAAAGCACGGUACAAAGUGCAUAGAAGUUAGUAAUCCACAACGAAUUACUUCAUUUCAGGAUCAUUUCUUCGUAGUGAGAAUUAUGCUAAUUGUAUUCCACAUCAACGCGCCACCAUCUGGGGACGUGUAUUAACUGGGUUUCAUUAUGAAACUCGGAGUCUCGAAUAGUAGCUUUGCAGGUGCAGGCUACCGUAGAAAGUUCCUCGGAGGUCAAUCUUAAGUCUUUAACACCGGUUUGACCAGGUUAUAAUUUAAUUAUCCACUUUCGCUUUAAGGCCUUUUAGUUUAAAAACCGGGAAAAGUUAGAGUAUCGGAACCGCACUUCCAAUGAAUUCUUUUAAACACUCAUUUUUGAGCACAUUUACCGCUACUUAGAAGACUUAUUCUUACUAAAUAUUUAACUUUAAAGAGUCACCAUAAGGGGAAUAUUUUACGAACUAAAUAUCAAGACGAGACUGUGUAGUUAGAAUUUUUUGGUCAGACAAAGGUACUCCGUCUUGCCGUUGCGAUGUCACCUGGUAGAUCUUAUAGCAGAUCUGAGGUCAUCGAAGUUCCUGUCUUUGCGUAACUUCGGCCUUUAAGCGAUUCUCAUCCACCCUAGGCAGGCAAUUCAAUUAACCAGUUUUCUUCAUUUAACCCUUUCUACUUCUCAUGGUUAUCUCUAUCCCAACACUCUUUAGCCGGUCUUGGUCGAACAGGCACCUUGAUUGCGUGCUACAUGAUGAAGCACUUUCGCUUUUCCGCGGCCGAGGCUAUCGCGUGGGUUCGAAUCUGUCGACCUGGUUCUAUCAUCGGUCGUCAACAGAACUGGCUGGCUGACCGACAGGCCUGGUGCUGGAUUGAGGGCGAUUUACUUCGUCAGGCCAAUAACAAGCGAGAUCAAACGCCCCUGUUGACAGCUAAUGUCACCAGCACUCCUGGAAGUGCUAGCGUGCCGGCAAAAGCUACCGUAAAAUGGAACUACGAAAAUAUCAAUCCCUCCCGCUCCCCUGGGGUCUACGACCAGAAUCCCUCACCACCUCCAAUGCGGUCGGCCGAGCUUCGAAUCCCCACAAACGGCAGUCCAACUGAUAAUCGUUCCUGGUAAUGCUUUGUUAUUCGGACUUUUUAUUGCAACUUUUGCGACCUCAUCAGUAGAGGUUUCAGGCUAGCUACGAUAACGCGAUCUGAGGACUUAUUUGCUCCUAUCUAUGUUGGGCACUACGGUGACUGGUAUAGCUGACCCUAAUGGCCGCAAACUUGCUAGACGUUGUGGCACAUACGGCGUGACCAAAGAAUAGACCCUAAGCAACCAUAUUGUUUGCUGUCUAUUCUUCGUUACUCGUAGGAUCAUUCGUCGGAAUGGACAAGGAUCAUACCUGCUCGCAUGAGCAGUUGUGUGUGCGGGGGAGUUAACGCCUCGUUGUGCACCAUCGACCCACACGAUAGGAUUUAGAAGACGGUGGAGUGGUGUGGGCGCAGUGACUGAUGUAGAAUGAAGUCCCUAAAAUGGGACACGCGGUAGAUGUACUGAGCCCGCACGGGGGCUAAAUCUGAGUCCGCCAGGCGUUGUCGGGACUACGCACCCAUUGCAAAUUCCAACAUAAGUGUGUGUCGGCAUGUCCAGUUGCAGGCCCACGUCGCAGCCACUGGGAACUGUGGCGCCCCCUAUCUUUUUUGUACUAUAAAAUCCUGGUUAGUUUUUUGGGUCACAAGUUAUCAUAUUAGCAGCACAGGUACUCGCGCUUCACCGAUAUUCUUCCGCUGCAUGGCACAGCUGCGAGGGGUUUGGCUCUUCAGUGGGCCCCCCAGCAUUCCCCGUCCGCCUCCUGGUAGAUACUCCAGUUUACAAAUUGUUGUUUUUUUAUUUUCUCAGAAAUUAAAUGCGAACUUGGAGUACGUCAGUAAGGUCUAUAGGCGCGGACCAAAAUUUUAUAUAUGAAUAUUUGGGCCGUAGUCCAUUAGCCACAGCGGGAUAAUCACGUGAUAAUUAUUAACUGCCGACAGGCCAUUCUGGUCAGUGUUUGAUAUGGACCAGGGAUUGUGGGGGUAGGCGUAGGUGCUGGUUUCGCCGUGUCAGCCAUCUGCGACCUCUCCCACCUUCAGUCUUCUUAAUUCUCUCUUAAUACCGGGUCGAGCUGGGGGAGGAGAGAGUGCGGCAGAUGCAGCGCAAGUCUAGAGAGAGAGAGAGAGAGAGAGAGAGGAAUGCGCUUUAUUUUGAAAUCAUAUGUUCAAAAUUUUUAGCAAAAAGUUGGCUCCAUUCACUAUGGGCAGUAAAUAAGUUAAUAGAUUAUUCAAGAGUCAAAGUUUAACACAAAGAAACGAUUAUUAUGGGGAUAGUUCAAGUCUUAGCUUCUGUAUUUCUGUCUCUUCGCACGUAAGAUAGCGCGCUAGGAAUGGCAAUACAGAAGCUCGAUAAGCCGAUGUGCGACAGGAUAUAAGACGGAAGUUGCGGCGCAUCGGGCGGGAAGACUUGGCAGACAUAAGAUCGGAAUGUAGGGGAUGGGCAACGUCAUCUAGAAUUCGACCAGCAAAUUGCUUGACCGCAUUGAAGUGUCGGUGUAAGAUUGUGUCAACUAAAAAAAAAAUAUAAGAAACGCCAGCAGCUGAAGAGAGCAUGCGGAGGAUUCGUUUCAAAAUUAAAAGAUCCUUUUUUAACAAAGCAGGAAAAACGACAGGAGAACAGUAUAGGAUAAGAGAAAGAAUGCAGACAUCAAUGAAUCGCCAGACUAAGGGUUGAGGUGUGUGGUAGGAACGUAAACGACGAAUGUAGUAAAGAAGUUUACGAACUUUAAUAAAUAGGGACUCAUUAUGGAGGGAAAAAGAAAGAUUUGAGGACAAAGUAACGCCGAGAUACCUGAAAGAGGAUACUUCGUUAGGAAGAAUGUCAAAGGAAUCAGGGUUAGGAGGGGGCCGCAGUAUAGACUAAUUCACACGCAAGUCACCGUCUUUGCUCCCACCCUGUUGUGUAACACAGUGGACAUCGUGCGAAUCGACGGUCGAACUGUUGUCAGAAUAAAGCUCCAUCUAUGUGCGACAUGUACGUACUAGUUCCUCAGCACAUUGCAGUUGCCGAGGAUUCCCAGCUUGGACAUUAAAAUAGAAUUCAUCCCAUUUGUGCACGAUCAAAACUAUCGGUUGCGUUAUUCACCCUUAUCACAGUUCCUCGAUUCAAUAUCCCUCUCCGUGUUCCGUAGCUGGCCUAACGAUUGGAAGACCUAAUUGAUUGUUAAAGGGAAAAAGGAGACCAAUCUGAGGGAUUAGUCUGCGACCGAAUACCAGCCCGUGGUUCGCAUGCGUAUAGAAGUGAAAAAGUGUCCUUCCCGAUUUCUAUAUCAUACAAUUAACAGUCAGACUGCAAAACAGCGUCAUGGACCAAAGGCUGGAAUAUAGUCUCAAUGGCAACUCUCCGCUAGACCGAAGGACGAUGUAAAAACAGUGUUAAAGGAUAAAUGCGAUCUCUAAAAAAGAUUAAUAAUCACACGGCCAGGAAAGUAUACACGAUGGAUGUGUUGAAUGGUGUGAAUAUUGGUGGUACUAGAAAGACUGCGCUCAGUGACAACAGGGCAAGAAAGUGGGGGGGAGUGAGAGAGGCUAGGGAUCAGCGCGUAUCUGUCUGUAAUUGAAGCAGUUGGCCUACGAUAUCCAAAUCAACAUGGCUGAACCGUGCACCGGUGCUGGGAAUAGUGCUCGGUAGGGACUUGUUUUAACGCUAAGCUUUGCUCCACUAGCAGCUCAGAUACGCAUGCGUCCUACCUUCGACGUCCUUACUCAAGUCGGGUCAGGCAAACCUUUCGUCAAGGAUUACCUGUAAGUUCCGGAUUCCGGAAUGGUGUAAUUCAUGCAGAUAUUGAAACACAGUUCGGCGCAUCAAGGUGAACACUAUCGGAUGAUGAAAAAUCAAAAUAUUGUAAAGCAUUUUGCCGUGAUCGACAGUCAAGGGAUCGUUCUCAAACCGGAAACUACCAGAUGCCCCAUCACCAGAGAAACAAACUUACACUAACCGUCAGCUAUAAAUGUCAGGUCAGUCCCGGUGGAGUUGGUCUUAUGCAUUGGAGGGCCAUGUCAGCCACCGUAUUUUGUUAUCCGCCGAUAUGACGGAUAUCAUAGCUGAACUGGGAAAUAUAGACCAGCUGGCGGAUCUCCGGGUAUUGUUUUUUUGCAGUGGGACUUAAAAAGGAGGGAAAAACGUCUAUGGUUGGUGAAGAUCGUUAAUUCCCAGCCCCCAAGGAAGUGUCGAAAGUGCUUCACGGCUAGGUAUACGGCCAGGAAGCCCUCCCCAAGCAUGCUGUAGGGCCAGUAAGCAGGCGAUAAAGUUCCGGUGAAGGAAUUCACGAGUUGGGUUUGACCUGCAGGGUGUUGUUGAAUGACCACUCCAAUUGCAGCAUUGGGUACGUCGAGAGCAGAGUGAGUCAGGACAGUGGUGUCGACCAAGGUAGCCUUUGCCACGUCCAAAGCAGCUAAGGCGUCUGCGGGGAGCUCGAACUGACCUUAGGGGGUCUGAGAGGGGGUUCGUGAGCUGCAGAAUGGUGUCAUCGCCCUGCAAAAGAAGCAAACUCAGCCUACGACGGGAGAGGGUGAGUAACAGUGAAGUCGAUGACGUCCGGGAAACUCUGACCAGGGGACAUCGAAAAUACACUAUGAUGAGUUGAGAACAAUGCCAAAUUGUUUCGUCGAUCAAACGACGUUACAAGGUGCGCCAUGUGCUCCUGGGCGAUAGUCCUUCUCAUCAAGCGACCGUCAGUAAAUUCAUAGACAAAGGAUAAGUCAUGGGGUACUCUGUCUGCGAGCACGUAAGACGUUUAGAAGACCUUGUGAAGUCCUAACGACGUGAUCAGGAACUCGGGGAGACCAAAUAGAUAAUGGCAGCCGUCUUCAAAACUCCCCCCGAAGCGAUGGGGAUCUAAUGGGAUGCCCAUAGAUAAGAUUGAAGACCAAGGCACUGGAAAAUUCUGGAGAUGUGGGACACGAUAGCAGUCGAGGGUAUUGGCGGUUUUCAAGGCGCAGUAAUUACCAUAUGGUUGGCCAUCACCAGUGGCAGUCUUCUAAACCACUUGCAGCGACAAGGGCUCUUAACUUUUCGACUGACGUCCGAUGUCCAUAUGAGCUAUGUCCUCGGACUCGGCCAUGGCGGUAGCCCGAUGUUCAGGCGCGAAACGACGGGGUCGAGAAAACACUAGAGGAUCAGUGAUGUGAAAGCGCUGAACCCCAUAAUGCGACUGGUUAGUGACGAUGAAGCUGGAAGGGGUGAGAUCAAAAUACUUGUCGAGGAGCUACUAAGACAAACUAAUCGGGUCGAGUUCUAGAACAGCAAAGUGGGUGACGUCUCAGGGGAGGGAAUACGCCGAACGGUAAGAGUGGUGAAACGUAGGAAGCCAUCGGGGACGAAGACCCACAAGAAAAAAACGUCGAAGGCCAAUGUUCAAGGCGGGAGAGCAGGAACCGAAGACGACGAUCGUGGGAUGUUAAUCUCCUGAAGGAAGGAGAGCGGAGUCGGGACACCAAAGGUCGGCUGCUGUUAGGGGAUGACAUGUGGCCGGGCCUCAAUGUCGAGGUGAAAUCGUUUGCCAUUUCUGUCGCUGACGAAAACACUUUAACCAACACCAUGGAGUCCGCAAAGAACGGUCGCAGCGACCCUGUUGCUGGGAAGCUUCGCUGAGCUGGUUAGGAUGAGCGGGGGGCCACAAUGGUGGGCUGACAAUAAAGUUUAGUCGGUACCGACAGAUCUCAGCUGUGCCUGGGUGAGAACGUGGGCUUUGGCGAUUGCGACUGGGCAGCCAGCAAUAAAGGCUGGUGGACUGUUGACUUUUGAAAGCUGUCGCGGACGCGGACAGCUUGGAUAGCUCUGCUUUGAGCUCAUGUUGAUCAGAGUAAAUGGAUUGCUGAGAGAAAUGGGGAAUCGUUGGAUUCACGAGGCUCAGGAUCAUGAUCUUGUAGUCAGCCUAUUCAGUGACCUUUGAAACAGGGAGUCCGUCCGGCCGGAAGCUGGAAUUUUCCCCAUGACCGUAAGUAGAUGUUCCAUAAAUACUUCCUUGAGGGAUUUCUUGUCUGCCUCCAUGUCAACAAUUAGACAACGCAUGUGACACAGGUCUGAAGGCUUCCUGUCCUCAAAAAACCCAUCCUUGAAAUAAUGGCAGGAUCAUGAACGCGGAUUGUAAGAGCCUUCUCCCUAUCGACUCGCGGCUUCACAAGGCCCAGUUUUUAGAUGAGUAUCGGAGUUUACUUAGAGCGGCUUUCGAAAAGCUAUUGAAAACCGUGAUCUGUCACCUUGUCUGCUAUAAGACGUUGAUUCUGCUCGAACGAUCUUUGUAGAUCAGCGCUUUAAUAACACACACCCAUUUUCCCAGACUCGGACCUUUGGACUCUCAUCGGAAUCUAACUUUGAGGGACCAGAUCUGGAACGGAGGGGUUUCGACGAAGAUGAUGAGUUCGAAUCAACUACGAAAGGGUGUUAUUACUGAAAUUAUUUUGCCGGUCAAAAGCGCUGUGUAUGACGCUUAAAUUUGACUAGUUUUGCCGUGAACUCUUGCCGGAGUAAAAGACACUUGUUUAUCGUCUGUCGGCUCAUUUUUCGCUUUAAUUACUUGAACCAGCUUGAUCCAACACGCGUUUUCAACUAUGCAUUACCAGUUUUUUAUAGUAAUGCAUGAAAUUUUAAAACUCCAGUUUUCACUAGGGGAGAAAACGUUGUUCUUAUUUGUGGAUAGGGUGUUGUGGCGGACCUCAGUUCUGCAAGUUCCGGGCUGGGUGCAGACGCGCUAGGCGAUUAAGACGUCCGCAUUACGGCGCCAAGGUGGGGUAGGGGUGUCCCAGGUGAGAAUUCUACGGGUCCGUUCUAACCCUUGGAAGUACUGUCUGCAUUCAAAGCUGAUGGCUGCGAUACUUCCGGUCGUGCGUGUGAACCAGCCAUUAGUUCGUUACUAGCCUUUUACUGCGGUCACAGAAUGACGUCUAAGUAUAUUUUUUAUCUAGGUUUUACUGCUGGAAAUUGCGAUAUGGAACCAAAAACGCCUCAGAAUACAUGCAUAUUCUUGCAAUUCUUAGGGAGCUUUUGUUCGUUUAAUUCCUCAACGCCCAACGGUUGUUAUCACUUUGCUUCGCUUGAAAACAAAUGGGAGCGUGUUUUAUGGAAACGCACGAAGUUACAAAUUUAUUCAGCUCGUGUUCCCACCUGAUCACUUCCUAAUUUGCUCCUUAUUACCCUAUAACCUACCACUUAACCAACUGUUUGGCUGUUUCCUGCGCGAAGAGAAUUCAAAGUGCAACCCGGGGGUUUUAAAUCCAGCGUCAUUGUGUCUGUAGUAGUGCAUGCGAGACCGAAUAGUACAUCGAAAGCCAGGGUCAGAGGAGGUCAUGCAUAAUAAAUUUCACAGUCGAAUAGUCCGCGCAGCGACCCUAUCCGAUCGAUUGCGUACUCCCUUCACCUAUUCAUAUGCUUUUUUCGCGUCCUGCCAUAACGCGCGCACAACCAGAUGUAUCCUUUUUUAUGCCUUUUGCAGGCGCCUUCUCCAGGCCAACGGUAGAACAACCAACGCCAGCACUCCAAAACCCGAAUCUCCCAGCGUUUUCCGAGUUGAUUCAAUGGGGGACAGCACAGCAACGGUCUAUCGUCACCGCGUGCAGACGAAACCGCCCACUUUAAACGCGUCCGCGGCAAACUCCGACUCCGACAAGCUCGAUAGGAAUCGAGGAACGAAAGUCGGCUCCGCCUCGUCGAACAGACUUUUGAGCAGCAAUGAAUCCCCUGACACUUGUGAGUUUUAAACUCUAGUCCCUCAUUUAACGCCUUCUAAUUUCUCCUACUGAUAGCAUCAUGCUUUUUGUGAGCUCAUUAUUUGCCUUUGGUUCUACCUGACUCAAUGUUUACUACGGUUGCAUUUCACCCUCCAGCAGUGUUUAAAACAUCUGCUGGUAUCCGCCGUCUCCUUAUAGUGGACAUAACUUGACCCUUGGAUUUUGGUGUUUAUGCGGUGCCUAUUAUCGAAAAUUAAACGAGACAAUGGUUUUCAUGAUAUGACGGAAGAAUGGAUGAGGGUUUUUAAAGAUUUGGGGGUAACAAUCGGGAGAUGGCACCCAAAAAAAUCCGCCUAACCAGAGCAGCCUGUCUUACGGGACAGAUGGUAAUAGUGGUUUUAUGGGUGGUGGCUGGUCGGGAUGUACGAUACUAGCCGACAGAAAGCCUUAUUUGAACAGGUGAAUGAUCGAAGUUGGCCCGCUCUCUGUUCCAUUAUUACAAAAUGGGUCACCAAAGGCAGUAUAGUAGUAACGGACGAGUGGAAGGCGUAUAAUCGUCUUCCCUCAGAAAGUUAUCUACAUUUCUCUGUUAACCACUCAAAGAACUUCAAGGAUCCUACCACCGGACGACCCACCGAUGACCUUGAGGCAUACUGGAGUAGACUGAAAAGGAAGCUCUACGAGGGGGGGGCCCUGUAUGUGGUCGAGCUGUGUGGACUCACAUAGACGAAAAACGGUAUCGUCUUUGGUUUGGCCUCAAUGUCAUGUCUUUGACAGAUGCCUGGGAACUGUUCCUGUCCCAUGUUGUGCAGACUUAUCCUAUUUAAAAGUGAUUUUGUUUUGUAAUAAACUGCCAUAAUGCGAAUGUAUGCGGUAUAUUCAGGUGUACGUAUGUGACGAUGGGGAAGGUUGGGCAACAGCGACCAUCGUCCAUGUAACAUCCUGCGAUGUUCAUUAGGCCAGCCCAUGUUAGGCUUUCGGGGAAAGUCCAAGUAGUGCGUGAAAGUAGGCCCGCAACCGCUGAUAUAGCCUGAAGGCGUUUAUUUCUAGGCGUAUUAUUUCUAGGUAACGGAUUUUUUGGGUGCCAUCUCCCGAUUGUUACCGAUUUGGGAAUUCUUCAUGUUAGAGCUCUCGGUAUUACAACUCCCUCUCCGCCCUGGCCCUGUAACAUUAAGGGGGGCUGUCACUGGACACUUAUUGAAGGUUAUACAAAGGAGGCUAAUAGGGACAGCUGUUUAACGGCCAUCACUGCUCACCAGUACGUAUUUGUCUUUUUCGGUUCGAAUGCCUUCUUAACGUCAAACGUUAACAUCUAGGACUGGCAAAUGCUCCCAUUCAAUGUUAUGAGCCAUAACACGUGUGCUCAGCGGUAUUGCUCUCUUGUCUACUCAUCCCGUCGAAAUUUUACUCGAUUCGGUUUAGGCAGUCUGCCAGUCUUCCAUCGGACAUGAACAGUGUCAUCAAACGCUGAAAACUCUUUGUGAGCAACUGGCAGAUGCAGAUGCUUUCGCUCUAGACAAACCCGUCCUCCGUAGGCUGUAUCGCCCCACACUGACCUAAGUUCAGUGCAUUUCAGUUUAUACGAAGAAAAUGUAGGUGUUGUACCUUCGAACUCGCUGUAUGUUGCAAGGAAUGAAAGUAUACUAGAAAGUUGGGAACAGAAACCUCAAACAGCCACAGAAGAAUUAUCGGAGCUGUAUAGAUCAACUGAUUAGUCCAAGUGCUAGAAACCUAACACUACUAAGCACGUUGUAUAGCAACCUAUACAAGAUUGUGCUCUAGAAAAAAAUACUACGAUUUCAGUUAUCUACAUGCACCGGAGGGACUGUCAGUAUCCGCUGACAAUGGGUUUGGGACAAAAAGCUGAAUAAAUAAACGUUAAGGUCAGCCGAAAUCAGGCUUACUGAUACGUUUUAUGGCGGUUUUCCAAAUAAGGCUUACUUUGCUAAUUAUAACUUUCUCGGUUUCACGGUUUUUUGGAUGGGAUUCUUUAAGUGGUUGAGUACGAGGUGUCCUUCUUGUGCUUGAUAAGUGUAUAGGAGGACAUCGUGACAUAUCAGCCGCUACGCUGAUGUUCGUCUGGUGCCAUUUGAACAAGAGGCAGAAGACGUUGAAGCUGAUGCAUUGCAUGUGUUCACCACUAUCAUAUGAACACUGGUUACCGCUGUCCCUCCGGAGGUUUGGUGGUGCUGGGUUGGGUUGACAGGACAACUGUCAUAUGAGCCAUAUUCAACGUUUUGAUCUGGCACAGAGGGAUAGAGAGUUCGGAAUGAGUUAAUCGCACAUUUUGAGCUUGUGGAUAAUUACUUGGUAAGAAUCAGCUGAGAACGACUUCUCAUUUUUGCAUCAUAAUUCUUGCCAAUGAACUCGUCAUCACAAAGGCUCCGUCCCAAGCUCUAUUUAAAAUUUUUCAAACUAACAAAUAUCCCAUUAAGGGACUGAGAUAUUACACUACUCCACCACCACAGCUAAGAGAAAAACCCACUCCUUCGUUUUCCCGUGCACUGGGAGAUAUGCGUUUCGGCCAAAGUGGUCAUCAAGCUUGCUCCAUCGUUGUUCAGAGAAAACGCUCAGCUAUAACUCGUGGUAUUCGCAGUAUAUGACGGAGUCGCUACCAAUUCAUUGCGUCUCUGGCAAAUGACAGUUAUGUCCAGCGUUGCUGGCUUGCUGAAUGCAGGAAGAAUGCGGAUUUUUCUGCCUCGUUGCCGCUUGAAGAUGACGUUGCGUUCGAUCGUCAGUCAGUCACUCUAACCUUAUCGCUUGAUCUGACAGAUAGCCCUUUUUGUGUGUACCUGGGAUUUUUGAAUUCUUUUGACUUCGAAAGGAAAUGAUUGUUUCAAAACCCCAAAUUUUGGGCAUCGUUCAAUUUUCCCCAAAAUGUCGUUUCAGUACUUUUAUUAGAGGGAAAGUUGGCUCACGGCACCGUCAUCGCUGAAUGUGUGAUUCAUAUUUUCGGCGAUUGUCUGUGAUACUGAUCACAUCAUGCUUAGAAGAGCAACUGUACCAACCGACCCUAACAUGAGAAAGGAAGUAUUUAUGUAUUCAGCCGAAAAAAAUCAAAUAACCACAAAUUAUCACCUACUAAAUUAAACAAUUCCUUUAUUUAUACUCUUAACGAAAAUAAGAUAUCGACCGAAGUGAAAUUUUAAAUCCGCUUGUACAUUGUCAUUUGCGUAUUCUGGCUCAAUUAUCUGUGUACUCGACCCGUCUGUAGACUUCAAGCUCUAUAUUCCCCUCAGUGUUGGUAAUCUGCAUCGUCCCAUUCGAAACUGCUGCAUGACCGGACUUACCAGAGAAAAGUCACCAUUUCUGAUAAAUCCCGUUUUGGACAAAACAGACUUUCAGACGGUCAAUUUAUCUUGGUUUGGAUAGUCGUAGUUCCAGUAGAUUAUGCGUUAUACAAAUAUCGAAUAUGCAGGACUCCUGGUAUCUAUGUGGCCCACGAAAACAAUUUUCCGUGGGCUGUCGAAGGCAAAUUGUACCUACACUACUUUUCAUGACCUUUGUCAUACAUCCCCACCGCAGUGGAUACGUUAAAUUCCUGUUGCCACGUCUUCAGCUAGUUUACCUGAACUAGAGUGACAUUGGAAGACGGAUUUAUGGGUUAUUCAAUAUACUUGAGUAAGUCUAUUUGACCUAUUCCUAAAAUUUUCAAGUUCCCCGAAUACAUUUCCUACAUUAUUUGUGUGACAGUGUGUUUGUGACAAAUGUCGAAGAUGUAAAACUAUCUCUGAUUAUAAGUCUGUUGGGCGUUUAUUCGCAAGGCUUCAAGCAUUGACGCUGGUAAUACCUCUUUAGUACGCAGGAAAUAAUAAAAUCUAAGUCAAAAAGCUCUUUGUCCCGCUGUGAGGUGUGCGAUUUCCCACGCUGUAAGUUAGACACCGUUUGCUUAUUGGAAUUAAACUAGUGGAAAUGUGUACACCAUCUUCGCGAUCCUGCAAGCACUGGUGCCACGCCCUUUUGCAGAAGGCGCAUUUUAUAUCGCCCUGGCAAUUAGCCCCAUGGGUACUGAAUUAUCCAAUUAGAGCGCGACUUUGCUAACGUAGUAAGGCUCCAGUUAAAUUUAGAACUCGGCGAUGGCAUUCGUGAUUUUUUCGGUGCACUAAGGGUAGAUUCGGACCUUUGAAGGCGAAUCAUACUGUCACUUACUUGAUACCCCUGAAACACUUUUCUUGUAAUUUCAGGCGGACAGCAAGCAUUUACGACUAUGUGUAGGAGUCAGGACUAUGUAUUAUGUUUGAGACCGUUUAACGGCCUUAGCACAUAAAUGCUGAGUGAUCAUAACAUCCAGAGUUUGUGAGAUCUAAAACGCCUGAAAUGGGUAAACUGCAGUCGGGCGUAAUUUAAAUAAAGUAAAUGACGUAAUUUACCCUUUCUCAGAGCCUAGUACACCGGAACGAAGUGCCUCUCAGUGACUAAACAGUUUAAGGCACUGAUUGAUUUUCGAUUUAAAAGUUGGGGAUCAAAUCCCAGAUUGGACGAUGAUAGACCACAGAACAGCUACUCCAGUACCACUUGUCUUUUUAAACGCUCCACCGAUGAGCCGCGGGCUCGUUGCCCUAUUGGUUGUGAUCAAUAAUAUUAAUUAUGAUGAAAGAGCGCUCGACUCAAUGACCUAAGACCCCGGGUCCGAAUCCCAGGUGGCCUACACUAAGGAUGGGUAUGACUGGCAGGUGGCGGCUAAUAAUCCGGAAAUGGCCAUUCCAGUCUCCCUUCUGGUCGUCGGUAUUCCAUCACAUGCGGUUGCCUGGGGGCUCUAAUUUGAGCACCAAGGCAACCGGGACGUGCCUGUCCCGUAAGUUGAGCAGUGAGCGCCACUUCAUCACAAUAUAAAUAUAUACAUGUACUUGAAGAUGGACAUCGUAAGAAAUAUAAUUCAAAAAAUGAGUCCUUCGGAAAACUGAACAAACUUUAUUUCGUAAAUUUCCGACGUUGGUUCCCCAAGUUGUUGUCAAAAGUGAAGAAAGCGUGGAAAACAGUUCAAAUUCAAGCAUGCGCGAAAAAUCAAUAUUGUUUUGUUAGGGCUGAGGAUGGGUCGAUGCUGUAGGCUGACGUCACGUUCUAAUUGGCUAUCAAUUUUUCCACUGUUUUGGGAUUUGUGUACAUGGCGUCGAGACCGGUGCGUCGAUUAAUGCAUGAAACAUCAGAGUGAAUGCUCUCUAAAAACUCGGGCCCUUCUUAAAUGGGCGGACACCUAUAAUGCAAAUCUUGUUCCAUGCAAAUUUCUGUUCAGUUUCCAGCGCAUGCAUCCCAACCUGGAACAAGUGGUCUCGCCUUCUUACUGCUAACUUGUGGUCGUGUAUGUGUGUAAAGGCAGAUUUCCCAGUUUUACCACAAUAUAUCGCAAUACUGAGUUCGCAUGGUAUCUCACAGACGACUUCCUUCUUAUCUUAAUAGCCAACCUAUCUUUAGAGUGUACAAGCUGAUUACGUAGCGUAGUCGUCAGUUUGUGCGCCACUUGUAUUUGGUGCUUCCUCAGGUGUUUUUCAAAGAGUUCAGACACAUUCUUAAUGUACGGAAGUGUUCGCCAGUUUUUUUGGUUUGGGCGCUUGGUCGGAACAAUUAAGUUCCUUAUCUCUUUUGAUUCCUUCUGUUUCAUGCAUCGGCGUAGAAACUCUCUGGGAGUUUGCUGUCAACUUCUUUUUCGAGCGCGAAGGUGAUUCCCGGUAUUGUUGGGCUGACAACGUUAUGCAGCGUUUGCAGCUGACCUUUAUUGACGAUGACAAAGGUGUCGUCUACAUAGCGUACCCUUAAUUUGAGAUUGAAUAAUGGUAGGGCCACACCCUCUAAUUUCUGCAUUGUGACCUCAGCCCGAAAGCCAGAAAUAAUUGACCACAUUGGAGCUCCUUUCAGCUGUCGGCAAUAUUCAUCUGCGAACGAAAAGUUUGUUUCCAGACAUAAGUCCAAGAGUUCAAGCAAAGCAGAUGCAGGAGCAUCAAUACCGCUGCAUAACAUUAUCAACUCAACACUACCGGAAAUCACAUUCACGCUCGAAAAAGAUGUUGACAGCAACCUCCCAUUUCCUGACGUCGUCGUACUGCGAAAAACUGACGGGACAUUCCAAACAUCAGUAUACCGCAAAGAAGCUUAUGCAGAAGUUAUCCUACACUACGAGAGCAAGUACCCUAUUGUUCACAAACGUAGUGCUGUUAACACCCUAGUUAAUCGGCCAAUGAUGCUGCUGAGAACGAAGGGUGCAAAAUAGAACUCAGUUAUGUGUUCAACGAAUUUUCAUAAAAUGGUUACCCUACAGAUUUUGUACGCCGAUGCAUGAAACAGCAGGAAUCAAAAAAGAUAAGGAAUUAAAUUGUUCCGACCAAGCGCCCAAACCAAAAAAAACUAGCGAACACUUCCGUACAUUAAGAAUGUGUCUGAACUCUUUGAAAAACACCUGAGGAAGCACCAAGUACAAGUGUCGCACCAACUGACGACUACGCUACGUAAUCAGCUUGUACACUCUAAAGAUAGGUUGGCUAUUAAGAUAAGAAGGAAGUCGUCUGUGAGAUACCAUGCGAACUCAGUAUUGCGAUAUAUUGUGGUAAAACUGGGAAAUCUGCCUUUACACACAUACACGACCACAAGUUAGCAGUAAGAAGGCGAGACCACUUGUUCCAGGUUAGCAUGCAUGCGCUGGAAACUGAAUAGAGAUUUGCAUGGAACAAGACUUGCCUUAUAGGUGUCCGCCCAUCUAAGAAGGGCCCGAGUUUUUAGAGAUCAUUCAUUCUGAUAACACAUGCAUCAACCGACGCAAAUAAUUUGCUGCUGUGUAAAACAACUUCAAGUAAAAGUGCAAGAGACGUUGGCCAAUCAGAGCAUGCUGCCAGCCAACAUUAAAGCUUGCAUUGCACGGAUGACAGGGAAAAGUCGGUUUUUAGGCAUGUUUACUUUUCCUUACUGGUUUGCACAUUUGCUUCACGUCUGAGGAAUAAAUGGGGGACCAAAUUCAAAAUUUGCAAUUUAAUUUGGUUAUCCUUCCCAAAGGACUUUUUUCUUCCGAACUUUGCUUCUUGGGAUGCCCAUUUUCAAAUCCAUAUGUUAUAUACAUACAUAUGCUGAUAUGGGUGUGCCGACAAAGACAUUGGAGCUCAGAAUGGUUAUAUCUGGCUUAGUAGUCCUCGUCCAGAUGGUUAGCAAGGCCGAGGAAAUCCAGAUGUAUGCCGGCCGCAGUGAAACCAAAAAAUUCUUUACAUCGAUCAACGUCGUCUUCGUCUUCCAGCCGACGGAAGCGCACAGCAUUUCAGCUCCGAUGGAACAAAGUCUCUGACUGAACAAUCACAAAUUCUGAAGCUCUGAGCCAAACACUUCCGAAGUGUCCUCAACCACCCAUCUACAAUCUCCAACGCCGCCAUCGACCGACUUCCUCAAGUGGAAAGUAACAACUACCCGGAUCUGCCGCCUUCUCUCCCAGAAAAAAGUCGGGCCGGGCACCAAAUCUUCAGCGGCAAAGCAUUGUGGUUUGAUGCAACUCCGGUCCAAGUUCACAAAUAUGGCAGCCCACAGCUCAAAGGGUAACACACGGCGCUAUUCCAGAGGAUGUGGCUCAGAAGACAAGGUGCUCACAAUUUCAAGGAUGCGACAAUCGUUCAUCUCUAUAAGCAGAUAGGGAACCGGAAACGCUAAUGCCCACAAACAGAUCUCACCGUCCAACAUCACGGGGAAAAUCUUCGCUCGCACCGCAUUCAACCGUCUACUCGGCCAUCUUGAACAAGGACUACUCCCGGAAAACCACGCCAUCACAAAACCCCCAACACCAUCUUCGUCAUCCGCUAGCUGCAAGAGAAGUAUCAGUAUCAGUAUCAGUAUCAGUUUAUUAAGGGAAAUAUAGGCAAGCGCCUUUGAAUUCCCUCUUGGUUACAAGUCCCAGGAAAUUCGGACCCAUCUCUACAAUACCCAUGUGGAUCUGAUGAAAGCCUUUGGCACGCUGUAGAAAAGUAUGCAGAACGGCUCUCCCGAGCAAUUCGCGCAUGAGGUACGUAAGCGCCACGGUGGAAUGAUGGCGCCGGUCACGGACAACGGGGCCGUCUCAGAGGCAUUUGCAGCGGCCAACGGAGUGAAGCAGAGCUGCGUACUCGCUCCCACCCUCUUCAGCCUCAUGCUUUCUGCCAUGCUUAUGGACGCCUACCGUGAUCCCCGGGAUCCGCAUCGCCUACAUGGCGACGGACAUCUUCUCAACAGCCCGCGCAUGCAGGCCCCAGCGCGUCUCUAUGCGACUACUAUCUACAACAUGCCCUUCGCUGGCUGACGACCGUCCACUCAACACCGAGAUAGAAGCUGACAUGAAACGGGGCAUGGAACUCUUUGCCUCUGGCUGUGCCAACUUCGGGCUGAGCAUCAGCACGGACAAAACGGUGGUCAUGCAUUAACCAUCACCCAACACUGCGCACAGGGUUCCUCACAUCCACGUCGACGGCGCCCAGCCGAUGACCGUGGACAACUUCGCCUGCCUAGGUAGCACACUCUCACGCUGCAUUAAAAUUGACGACGAAGUGGCUCACAGGAUCUCCAAAGCCAGCCAAGCCUUCUGCCGACUGCAAGGCUCCGUAUGGAAUCGCCACGAUCUCCACCUGAACACCCAAUUGAAGAUAUACAAAGCGCUCACAUUGAACAUUUUGCUGCAUAGUGCAGAGAUCUGUGAGAAACAAGCUCGGAAAGUCAAUCAUUUUCAUCCCACCCGUCUCCGCCGGGUACUAAUGCUGAGGUGGCAGAACAGGAUCUGGGAAACAGAAGAAAUCCUGGAAUCCUCGGCAUCCGCGCCAUGCUGGGGCAAAUGCCACUACGAUGGAGCGAUCACCUCGUGAGAAUGGACGACGAGCGCUUACCAAAGCAACUCUUCUGUGGGGAUGUCACCACAGGUGCUCGCUGACAAGGAGGUAAAACCCUCCAGUACAAGGACACCUUGAAGCAUUCCUUGAAGCGUUUUUAGAUCAAUCUGAAAACUGGGGAAUAACUCGCACAGUGCCGACCGGCCUAGAAAACAACAGUGAGGACAGAAGUAGCCAUUCAUGAAGCCAGCCAGAUCAUCGCUGUCCAAACUAAAAGGGAGGCUCACAAGUCUCAGGCGCCCUUGACCCGCAAUGCCGACUCCCAACCCCCUCCCCCCAACAUGCCCGCACUGUCAACGAACUUUCCGAGUUCGGAUCAAUCAACCAGCCGACAACCCCAGCCGCUGCCCCUCCUACCGUCCCUGCUCCACCCCCUACGGCAUUCACUCCGGCGACCACCUCACCGCCGAUGCUCAAUAUUCCCGUGCCCCGUCGCCGUCGGUCACCGCCAUCCACAUAAUCCCUGCCACAAUCGCCUCGGCGACCACCACAGCUCCCAUUCCCAGCACCGAGCAAAUCUCCCACGACGACCCAUCAAUCACCAACGGCGAUGUGGACCCAGUUAUAACCUGUCCCCGUUGCGAUCGCAUAUCCACCUCACACAUCGGCCUACUAGGUCACUUGCGAAUUCAUCGCUGUGCGACGGCAGCCGCAGUGCCAGAAGCCUCCACAACAUUCACUGCAUCCUCCGUCACUUUCAACAAUGUCCACACACAUUCAUACACCGCCUGGGCCUAUUCGGUCACAUGCGCAUCCAUAGCAGCAGAAUACCUCGCAGUACGACACACCUUGCGCAUCAACCAUCCCUCCUAUCCCCAUACUAAUCAACUUCCCGUCGUCCAGCUCGUCCAUCACUAGCAGCAUCACAACGAAAAGCGGUCCUAAACCCCCUCAACCUAUCGAACCUAAUGGAAUCCGAGCCGGUUGUGCGGGCACACUUAAGGUUGACUCCCGCUGCGCCAGUCGUCGCUCUUGCUUUCUUGGAAUUUAAAAUCCUAGUCGUUGUAUGUUGUAGACCAGGGGUUGUGGAGUGCCCACGUUGUCAUCGCACGUUCACCCCACACAUAGGUCCGAUCCGUCACUUGCGAAUCCAUCGCACUGAGCCUUGUGGACUAGUGCCUUGAGUACCAACAUAUACCAGGCGCCAUCGCCUAAAUAGCUCGCGCUGCCCUCGCACAUUCGGCCAUCGCAUGAACCUAUUAAAUCACACGCACCUCCAGGAAAACCUGCGGUAGAAUAUCGCCGGCUAUACCAUGCUAUCAUAUUUCUCUUCACCAGCACCUAAAACAACCAUAACCACACCCAGCAUCGCAUAAUAUUAGCUCGUAACUAAUACCUCCCACGUAAGUAGAAGGCGCGUUUUCGAACUCCUCAAUCUGGCUCCUCUGAUACAUGUGCGAUCUGACUCUGAGACUAUCACGGUGCCCAAGGCGCCGUGGCUUGGAAGAUUGCCAACUGACAAUGGAACUCAGACCUCGCAGUCAGCCUAGUGUGUGUUUAUGUAGAGUGGACUGAGAGUCUGAGCGAAAUGGAUCCUUCUUAAUGUGGUCUCUGUGGCACUCCCUCUCCAUGGGAUCCGAGCAACCCCCCUCUGCUCUUGUUGUGUAAAAUUCUGGUAGGUGUGCUUUGUGGACCAGAGGGUGUGGUGGUACACUCAUUUGCGCGUUUACGCCGUGCAAGCCACCCGUGUCCUCUCCCGCCUCCGUUCGUCUUGACUCUACCUUGACACCUGGUUCAGGUGGGGGGGGGGGGGAGGAGUGCGGUAGAUUCUGUGAAAUUCUACUACCGCUUCAAGCUACAGUGAGUGGCUGAAAUUCUGGAAUGCGUUUUCGAUUAGGAAGAAUUACUUAGGCGCGGUUGUAAAACUGAUUAUAUUGCGGCAUAAUCCUAUAGUGGUUCGGACUCGGCAGGAUGUCAGCUUUUGAAUUCACUGCUUUUCUAUUUCCUGUAGAAACUGUACUCGGUAAAAAUGGCUACUUAAGUAGCAUGCAUUUUUCCCACUGAUUUUCGAUGGUCUUGCAAAUUUAAAUAUAUUUUAUGGAAACCACGAAAAAAAUAUGGUUUUCAUCAGUCGUUUGAUAGAGAAUUACGUCAUAUUCGUAGUUUAUACUCGAUGAAGAAGUAUUACUAGGUUUUAAAAAGUUUCUAAUCAUGAAAUUUUUUAAGACUGUGCAAUGUCCAUUCAUACGCCAUCGUACCAGUCCGUUUACCGCUGCUCCUCAUGAUAUGUACAGCAUGGUCCGCAUCCACUGAAACAUUCUAUGGACUUCAUGAUAUCUUUUUAGAGGCAUAAAAGAAUAGGUAAUUUUCUUUACGCGGAACGCAUGCAUCUUGUAGACUGAAAUCACAAAGCGCCAAAGCAACGAAUGAUCAGGCGGCAAAUUAUUCGGGACUUAGGAAAUUUUUCAAAACCUAAUUAUACUCCUUCUUCGAGUAUAAAAUAUGAAGAUGACGUAAUUCUCUUUCAAACGACUGACGAAAAGCAUAUUUUUUUCGUGGUUUCUAUAAAAUAUAUUUAAAUUUACAAGCCCAUCGAAAAUCAAUGUGAAAAAUGCAUGCUGCUUAAGUAAUCAUCUUUUACCGAGUACGCUUUCUAUAGAAAAUAGGAAAGCAGUGCAUUCAAAAGCUGACAUCCUGCCGAGUCCGAAACAUUAUAGGAUUUUGCCGCAAGAUAAUCAGUAUUAAAACCGCGCCUAAGUAAUCCUUCCUAAUUGAAAACGCAUUCCUGAAUUUCAGCCAACAUUUCAUGAGAUCGGUCACUAACUGUAAUUCACGCGCUAGUCACCAUGACUGCUCCCCCUGCUUAAGAGUACACGAUGGACAACGACAGCCGACAGCGACUGUCGAACCGUCAGUUGUCGUCCGGCCAGCCUCACUCGACUCUAGGCUCGCGACGCCUAGGUUUCGAAUUCGUUUUCUUCGGGCAUCGGACCUUAGUCGGGUUCAGUUGUGAUUGGGGGUAUUAAUGAUGGUAAGAGGGCGCUCAUCGACCUGGUUACAAGACAUGCUCCGCGCACGAAUAAUCGUUUGCUUGUUCGUCGCGGGCGGCGAUGCUCAACGCUGGCCCCCAUCGGUGCCCAACAGUCGCGAUGUCGGCAUGUGUUCUUUUAUAGUGAAGUCAACUUUCAUCGCCUCUGGCUCACUCGUUCCUCCUAAUGCCGAAAUAACCUCGAGGAACUCGGAGGUUCGUGAGGACUCGGCACUCGGCAAACGUAAUGAGCUCUCCUAUGCGCACCAAAAAGGGACCUAGCUUUUAACGACAGGCGCUUUCAGUAUCGGGGACUUGUGGCUCGCAUGAGUUAAGAUUCCAUAAAGGCCACAUUGAGAAGGAGCCAUUGCAGCCUGACUCUUAGUCCUGAGAAAGAAUGAGUUUUCCCAUCAGUUGGCGGAGGUCCAAGUCACGACUAUCAGCGGAUCAUGAUAGAUUCAAGCGUCUUGUAUUUGUUAUAGCGAAGAAUGCUCUGCUGUGUCGUGAAUAUGGAUUUUUCGGUGUUGAUCUCACUCUCCUAUUUUCCAUGCACCUUUCUAGUCGACCGCCCAAACCUAUGAAAUCCUAUGUCCAGGGCUUACCGCACGCAUAUACAACAGUAUGUUCGAUUCGAUGCUGACUCUGCGCAUUCCGAAAAACUCAUACCUUGAACCAGCCUGACCCUGUUUUAGUCCAGCACGUCUUCAAUGCAGUCCGUUUUUGGAGCAAAAUUAUGCAUGCACUGGACACUGGACACACAUUUGCGCUGGGGAAAAGUCGCUUCAUUGGCACCUGCCCAGCAAAAGAAAGGUCAUGAAUGCCUAAAGGCGGUGCGCUGAGAUGAGAUGUGCAUCGAUAGGCAUACGGAUUUUACUGUCACGUACAAAAAUCUCAAACACGCGUAGAGACUAACUCAGCCAACCAGGUGUCGGGAUGCAAUGGACGCCUAUUGGUGCAAACUUUUCGCUUCUCAUAGAAUUCUUUGUUAGCUACGAUUAGGAAGAAAACUAUGAACAACGAACGCACCUCCCACGAGAAAGAGAGCUGUUUUUUAACACUACCAGUAUGUCUGUCGAUGCGGUUGCCAAACAGUCUCGUAAAUCUAAACUAUAUCCCUCUUCCUAGCACACAAUAAAGUUGUACUGAGAAUAAUAUUAACUACGAAGUCAGCCAUCCUGCGAUUCAUUAUAUAGGUGAUUAUUUUCCACCAUGCUUUUCACUACUCCUCCGGGGAUUAUCUAAUCACAAGCUGGCUUAAGUUAAUUGGUUAUUUCCAAUUUAACGGACGUCAAAUCAGCUUUUGGGGGAAAAUAUCUGAGACAUCAGAAACAGUCACAAGUUCCCAGCCCUACGGCAAUAAUGCUGCCAUGGAACUUCUGCUCUAUGCCUUUUGUGCGAGAAAUCAUUAAAGCUAUCGUACGGCAGCUGAAGGACUUUGUUAUGCGAAUAGCCCGCAACUCUGCAUCCUAAAGUAAAUGGUCCCAUAUUUAGAGGACCGUAAUCGAACGCCUUUCACCAAUAUUCCACACGUUCAACGUUAUUUCACUUACGGUGGCCAUACAGGCUGGCGAUUUGAGACUUACGACAACUGGUAAAAGUCAGCUGCUCGUCGGCGUGCAUUCUGUUCCUGAUUUUUGUCAAAUAAUCCUGAAAGCGAUUACCACCUCAAUUGAGGGACAGCGGAAUUGUUGACCAUACUAGUAAUGUUAAAAAAUUUCGGGAGGCCUGUACUCUAACGCGGAUUCCACUUCCGGGGCAUGUAAACCAGGGGUGUGCACUACUGCGAGAGCCCGCCCGAACUUCUGAUUGAUCCUGUGCGUCCAUCCUAAAGCAGAAACAGCCAGCCCGCGUCUAACAAUCAGAAAUCGCACUCUCUGGCCAUUCUCCGUCCGUCUUUGUCGUAUCGCUGUGUCCCUCUCCUGUCCCCCGGUCGUUCGUACCGCCUGAGUAUCAUUCAUAUACCUAAAAUUCACCGUGCUCUUAUCAAAUCUUCUCAUUGUUUGUUUGACGACGGAUUGAUCCCACUAACUCGAAAAUUGAUGAUUACAGCUCUAUUCGUCCGCAACGCCUCCUCAGGGAUAUUAUUACAGACGGCUCGUUUUAACUUCCUAGCGCAGACCACGAGCAGAUGGUCACGUACCAGGUCGCAAAGCAAACAAACGAAAAAUAAAGAGACGAGUCCCAGGAAGCAGUCGUGAAGAAGGAGACACGACCGCUGAAACAAGAGUUUUAUUCACCUGACGUUUCGGAUUCCUGCUUGAACCCAUCAUCAAAGGCGAAAGCAUCUGUAUCUGCUUUUGUCCCUGAUGAUGCGUUUGAACAGGCAUUCAAAACGUCAAGCGAAUAAAGCCCUUGCCCCAGUGAUCGUGUCUCCUUCACAAAACGAAAAGUAAACUGACAAAAGCACGAGAAAACUGAGACAUCAAAUGUUUCGCAUGAUCUCUGCCGAUCGUUGGAACAGGUUCGCUCUGGGACACUAAGGAGACACGCAGGCGCCUAUCUCUGUGGGAAUACAAUCCCAAUCUAACCCAACAGAUACUUACCAGGGGUUAGACAUUGAUUGAAUUAGAGUCGGCGUUGCUGACGACGCAUUAGUUAAAUGUAGUCUGUGGAUCAUUCGCGCAGUGAGAUUCCGUAAAUUUAUAUCGCAAAUGUCACAUUUUGUCCUCGGGUGCUUCCAACUAAAGAUAGCAUGGAUGAAUCCGAACCGGGUACUUCCUUAACCUCUUAGCGUCGCUUCUUGUCUUUUCCUGCAUAGAGAGUCAGACAAAAAUGGGCGAGAACGGAUUCGUUGAAUUCUCAUACCAAACAAGUUGCGUAUAGCGUGACUGGGGUCACGAACAGAUCAUCCCGUACACAGGUGGCCCGUUCUGCCGUUAUUCAAGGCGAAUUGAAUAACGGGGGAAUAGGCCAGAAAAACAUCCGCCCCGAUAUCCUCCCAUCUCUGUGGUAUCCCACGCAUGUGCAUUCGAACUCUACUUUUGUGGUCCCGUUGUGAAGGUUAAUAGCCUUUUCCUGAAGUGGAUAUUUUGCGAUCCUGUGCUAUCAGAAACGUCGAUAAUUCAACUGGCUACCCUAAUCCGAGCUUUCCGAAUGGAAUUAAAUCUCACUGACUUUAUUCUAGCACAGUCAUGAAGACACCUCUAUGCCUCUGUACUCGUCGCCAAAAUAUUCGAUGCCACUCAGUAGGGGAAGUUCUCCUGCCUGCCUAGCGCUAUUUCUGCCUCUAACUUGAGCUUAUCGACACCCUCACUGUACCUCAAGUGGACGUGGUUCCUGGACUUGCGGAACAUGCGAAGUCGCAGUCAUAGCGCGAGUAACCCUACUUAACUCCACAGCCUUACAGUAUCACCUCCUCAGACCAUUUCUUGUGGCCAGUAACGUUGCCAUUGUGCAGGAUGUGGAGAGCGGUCAACAGCCCUCCUCGUCACUUUCCGAUAAAUGCUUCGCAUAAACGUCCUAUAUUUAUCUCAAAACUGAGUCACGUUAGGCUAACAGUUAAUACUGAUCGGCCCGCCAAAAUGAUUUUAUCGUUGGCCUGUUUGCUCGAACAUUUAUUGGUUGUCGGAAAACGAGAAUAUCUCGGGUGUAUAGCUAGUUGCUUUACUUUAAUUCGAUCUUGCAGAAUCCAGGUCUUGUCCCCUGCUACAGGCCACCACCAAAAUAUGUUUCAGUGGGUGUUACAUGGCCCAAAAAUCUCUGGACCUCGGAUCUGUACUUCAUUUCAUGUUUCAUCAUUACCGGUACCCAAUGCCUGCAGAUUUUGUUCAUGGCAAACAAAUUCAGCUCAGCCGCAAUCCAUGCCCACAGCGCUAAGCGUCUGGCACGACACCAUGUGAUCCGCCAUCACAGUGCACUCCACAAUUUCAACGCCUUUUAGAGUUACUGAUGUUGCUGGCCUGUCAGACUUAGAGCCGACUUCAGCAGACCUCUUUUUGACACAAAUUUCGAUAAUUGCCUUCUUGACAGUUAAAUAUGAAGACAGCUUUGUGUACAAGUAAUUCAUAAGGGAGAUUAUUCCCAAGGUCAUGAUCCUCUUGAAAGUCAAGAGUUCAAAAUAAUACUUUGCUCACCCCUGCUCCGUUUGUUUCCGGUGUUAACGAUAACUUAUUUUUGAACAUCAAGCCUAUACAGUAUGUUAUUAAUAGUUUAGGAGCAUGGUUUGCAGGCUUUACUACAUAAUUGUAUGCGUUUAAAUCAGUAAGCUUUACAGCUAUUGUACUGUUCUUUCAAGAACUCACGCAUGUUUAUUCCGGUUCCAAGGACUUCUCUUUUUGCGUAUUGAUAAGGUACACAGCUGCAAAAUGGAAAAAUCUUGUCUGAAGAUUUAAACUUCGCCACUUAUGUCGAAUUUUUGAGGAAGUUUUAUGUGCCUCCUUAACCCUAUUUCACCCCUCCCACAGUCAUAGAUGCAGAAAGAGUGCAGACUCCAUCGACACCGACUCUAACGCAAGGAGACCAGUUAAAUCGAAUCAAGUUAAUCCGAAAGCGCAACAAAAAUCGCCAUGUCAACGGCGACUUUCGCGUAGACGGAGAAGAAGUUCUAGGCACGCUGGCCAGUUCCUAUCCUCGUAGCCGCAUGGUAGGUGUUCAUCCGGACAAUGAAGACGAGGAGGUCGUUCAGGCCUAUGAUCUUGCUGUCCUCUCCCACGAUUGUGAUGACAGUAGCGAAGACAAUGACGGGGUUCUCCAACCACACGAGUCGCCGACGAUACCCCUCAAUAAGCUAUCUCCAACUCCUCAUCAGGACCGUGGUCGAGAAUUCGAGGAACGCCCGUUCCACAAUAAUCUACCACAAGGGUGAGGCCUUCCCAUAUCCUCUUUUAGUGGAUGUUCGUUUUGGGCAGUUUUAUGAUUAUCAUGUUGCAUCUUUUGUUUGCGUUGCAGAAUGUCUCAUUCAAUGAUUAGUUCGCCAAACCAUCUCGGAUUUUUUCGAUUUUCCCCUUUGCAUUCACUCUAAGCUUAAACGGGCUGCGCGCAUGGAGUCUUAUGCCUUCACGUUGGUUAAUUAAUACAACGAGAGAAGGCGACUUCGAGGACCCAACACAUGAAUGAACAGCGGUCGAAAAUAGAUGGCAGCAAAAAAAUAUAAAAAUUUGUGGCAUACUGGAUCUUAGCUCUAAUUGCCCCUAUGUAACAACUCGUAACCUUGUAGGGUGCUCUUGCAUUAUCAUCGAUAGACAACUCUAUCGCAACCGUCCGAGAUAAUAAUAAUAUUAUCCAGCCAAAUUUAUUAUUUUUGACUUAAUAUAAGAGGAAUUUUGGGAUACCCGACGACAGCCGGUCCUGUUGAACUUAACACUUGAGUAUUCACGCCACAGUAACGGAUUUUCUUGUUUUAAAGCUCGGUAUUGUUAACCAAAAGCGAACGUUUAGUCGACCAUUUAACACUUAGAGUCCGAUCCACUUGAGCAACGACUUCGUCCUUACAUUAUCAUAGUUCACUGACAUAUGAGUAAAUUAUGGGAUACCGAUGGGUUCACUAAUAUCCAGGGUCAUUGCCAAGGCGGUUAGGAAAAAACUCGAGAAGAGUACAAACGCAAGUUUUGGGCGCGCUACGUUGAAGUUACCUUCUUAGUCAUCGAUCGGAAUAAGAUUAACUAUUACGGGAGCAACUGAACUCAAUCAUUUCCGGCCUACAGUUCACGAUAGAAGAGAAGGUGAAGGACAAACCGCCAUUCUUGGAUGUUCUUGUCUGCCGCUAACCAGACGGCAAACUGGCGACGUCAGUUUACAGAAAAUCAGCGAACACACUGCAAGUACUCAAUAACAACAACAACCACUUACUUCAACACAGACGAAGCCAUGUGCGCACACUAUACCGACGAGCGGAAACUCGUUGCAGCACGCCAGCAGCCAAACUUAACGAGAUGAAGCUCCUCCAAGGACUCUUCAGAGCCAACGGCUAUCCGCGGGCAUUCGAUGAACGGAGCCGAAGACAACAAAGGAAGCGGAGUGAAGAACACAGUCAGCCAAAAUCGUGGCGGAGCAUUCCGUACGUGAAGGAUUUCUCCGAAACCAUGGCUAGAUCCCUCGUGCCAUUCAGAAUAAGAGUUCCUCACAGGCCUGACUCAACAAUCCACCAGCAAGUGACGCGGCCAAAAGACCCGAUCUCUAUGCAGGAGAUGUCGGCCGUUGUAUACCGACUUCAGUGCAGUUACGGGAUGUGCAACUACGUUGGUGAAACCGGCCGACGACUGCAAACGCGAACGCACGAGUAAAGGUUGGCUGUGCGAAGAUUAGACCGAAAGUCGGAGGUAGCAACCCAUGUCGCACAAAUGGGACACAUCUUCAACUUUGAGACCGUUGAGAUUUUGGGCCGAGGCGAUGAUCAUAUGUAAAGGCAGGUGCAAGAAGCCUGGAUGUCCACCGACUGCUCUGUCAACCGCCACAUCAAUUUGCCUCCCCCCCCCUUGACGGGGAGUAGUUACGGCGUGGGACAAUCGCACCGUCAACUAUUUCCUCCGCCGACCAGAGCGGGGGCGAUUCGGGUCAUGGUGACAUGCGGGUCGGAUGCAGCCACACAGGCGGCAUUGUUGAACCACGCGCCAAACAAAGUGGUCUAUAUAAGGAGUGCUGUGCGUAUAACUUCCUAGUCUCUGAAGAUGGGUAGACGAAGCAACUACUCGAAACGUCAGACCUUUAAUAAACUCCUCCCGGUGAACGCUUCGUCUCCUUUUGUUAUGUCAUCUGGCAAUCUCAAUUUCAUUACUAUUCAUAUGAACCUCUAUUAGGAAGCUGAUGUCCACCACGCCCAACACACUUUGCAGUUCUGGAGAGACACAAUUGCAUCCUAUUAUUUAUUUUGAUGACUGUGGGAAGACACAAGUAGGCCAUAAAUAUCCUCUGCGAAUGGGUAGUCGAACCUGCCGUCAUCCAUACAAGCCCGCAGGUUAACUACUUAUUUGAAGAAAAAUGUUUUUACCGUAUUAUUUGACGGAACUCGAAUUCUCACACUUCUGGUUUGUAGCCAUAUCCCUUUAACAAUUGUAUUCCAAAGGACUCUCGUUUUUGUCUGAUGGAACUGGAAGUAUUUACCAGUCCCUAUUUUUCGAGCUGAAUGAACGAUACUUAUGUACGUGCGUUAUUUUAUAAGCGUUAUCAGGCUGGUUUUCAUCCGGAAGGAGAAACGGCGCGGUGCCUUUGUUUCAGUUAGGAGGAUUCAGGGGAUUCAGCAAACGCUUACCUAAGGUGCUACCUGUUCUCUUUCCCCAAUUUCCGCCCUGAUACCUAUUUACCAUAGAAAUGCACAAGCCGGAUAAUACUGUACCGAAAAGUAUCUUUGUUUCAUUUGACGGAUUUUGAACUCUGCAUACUUCUGUUGAAUGGGCAUAUCGCAGUUGGUAUUGUCCCUGGCACUUGUGUUAAUCGCUUUUGCAAAGUAAUUGCUAUACUGUGAAAACGCUCUUGACAAAAGUAAGUCAUACCUGCGGUCUUCCGGCUAAAGAAUUCUUCCGAGAAUACAUCCAGUCGUGGCGGAAGUUGAGUUUUAUUUGUAUGCCGUAUAGUGUUUGGACGAUGUUCAAGAUGUCUUCAGUUCUCAAAUUCAGUCCCUGACUAGAGACUCCUGAACGGCGUUAGGUUCGUUGAAGCUUUCGCUUCUGCGUCGAAAGAAUUUUAAAAUGCAGGUCAAAUAACCAAACUUGUUUUCUGCUUUUGAUAAAGACUGUUUCUUUGAGUACGGGACUAACCUCGGCAAGGAUUUAUUUAAUAUUCAAAGUUUUAUACGUUUCCUUCUACCAAGUCAAACAUACCGCCAGCCGUCUUGUCCCUCGUAUUUAAGUAGGUUAGUAAUAUCCUAUAGGACGGUGGCACAUUUCUGUUUUAAUAGAAAUCCAGGGAAUCUUUUGCUUGGUGAUAAGGACGUUUUAAGGCCCCCUUCUAUCACAAUAACGUUAACAAUUAUGUCGUCCUCAGAGUGUAACACCUAACAGUCCCCUAGAGUACAAUUCGCUUUGGCGUCAAUCAGGCCUUAGCUGCGUCAAUGGUAAGGGUGAUUCCUUUAUUUGUCUAAAAGUGCGCGCGGUAGUGAUUAGCAGGCAUAGAGAUUGAAAGCCUACGGAGUAAUUUGCGAGUUCUCUUUGAGACCUACUAGGAAUGCGAACAUAUGGAAGCGAUUAAUUUACGACAAAAAUAUGGACUGACGGCUCACCGAACUAUAGGGUAUAUUAAUAAAAUUAAAGACUGGUGCCAGAUCUGUCUGCUAAAAGCCAUUAAGCCUGAUAUUUAUGCUCUCAUUUCGUGAUGUGGCACUGCAACCUACGCCGCCCUAAUAAAGGGACUUGCUACAGCAUUUAGUUCAAAAAGAAGUCAAAUCUCACCUGUGUUGUUUUACUUCUUGCAUUUUCCAAACACUUAUCGUCACGUGGAGGCCAAGUGCUUGACUUACUACUUACAUGGGGGGGAGGGGAGAGAGUCUUAUCAGACAGUCGUGUCUCCGCAAAAUAUGAAGACUUUCGACUCGAAAAACCUGUGAUCGUUUUGAGGCUAAGGUAAAUUUCACACUAUCAUAUGUUUUUUUCUAGGAGUUGGGAACAUCUACGUUGUGUCUUCGGUUUGCCAAACUGUACUAUAAGGCUAACAGGACUGGUUUCUGAGAUGUUAUCUUAUAGCAUGCAUUACCUUAGCCUCAUCGAUUCCAAGCCAGUGUUUGUAAGUCCACAGUACUGAUAGGAAAAAAGUGAAUUUGUGAUAUAGUUUAAGAAAUCAACCGGAAGUAUGGUUUCUGGGUAACUGAAUUUUGGACAUGACUCCCUUAGCAGAAGGAAACGUUCGGUCGUUGUACUUGUAUGCAUCGUUCCUGCAGACCAAGUUUUAGUUCGGUUUGGUAGUUUGCCACGAAUUCACUUACCACUCGGUGUCUAAGCAUAUUUAGCGUGGUCUUGAAACAAAGGGACAAACACCGUUUGAAUGAGAAAGUCACAGCAGUUUUUGUGAAAGAGGGUAAAGGGGCCACCUUUAGUAACUUUGCCGCUUACGCACCUUGUCAGGAUCACGAUCGGGUGUUAAGUACCAAGUAGGUAAACAGGUCCAAAUCUCUAACGACUGCUCUUUCUACUAAAAAUAUGGUUAGUUCCUUACCACCUGUAAUUUACUUCAAAACCUUUCUGGCAUCGACUUUCAUUGUGGAUCAAAAAGCGUGGCUUCCAUAGGCAAGUUUUUGAAAUAUCUGAUGCUCCUCGCUGGACGUUUGCCACAGCCGACUUGCAUUACGAGGCAGGAAGCAGUAAGCAUCGACCGAUUCUCAAAUCUGAUGGGUAUUGGUGCGAGAGUUCGGGUAUGGAUCUUCCUCCACGAAUCUGGGGAAUCGUGUAACAGCAAACGUUUUUUACUGGGUUUGCUCCUUCUUUGUCGUAAUUUGGCUUGCCAGUCGUUUUACUUCUAGCUGAAUCAUUACUUUCUGAAGUGGAUGGAUGUUAAUUGUCCCCGAAUCACUUAUAAGCCAUGUAACUUCGCAUAACUUAAACUUCUAUGUAACCCUUUUGGCCUGAUGAAGAGUUACCGAAAACGCGUGUUCGCCAAAUUGACUUUUCAAUUGUAACAUGGGGAUAUUCGCUGAACUUUCUGAAAUAUUAAGCAUGUUAUUCGCAAGUCAAUAUGGAGAAGCGAAGUUCCUUCAUGAAAAACCAGAUACAUACGUGAGUAAUAGCUUUCGCUCCUACAAAACAUUGCAAUUAGGAUGACAUCGUCUUACCUUUUAAGUUCUUUUCGUGAUUACUCUUAUCAGAAUUAGCCUCGGUAAUGGUUUCUUGAAGUUAACCCUCCGUAAUUGGAUUUUGGUGCCGUUCUUCUUCUGCCCGUUAUUUCUUAGAUAAAAGACGGACUGAGGAACACGUUUUAAAUACUGUUUGGAAAACCUAGGAGGCAGCGAACCACAAUUUGGAUUUCGAAUAUGUAUAGUAGGUGGGCUAACUCAUGAACUGUCAACCGAAAUUCCGAAAUGCGUUUUCUUUUUGAACAGAUUAAUUAAGUAACGUUUUAAAGGUAGUUAGCCUGCAACAUAAUUCUAUAAUAUUUCAUUUACCAUAGGAUGCCGGCUUUCGAAUGAACUUCCUUCCGGCUGCAUGCAAAGAUUACACUCUGUAAAAAUGAGUACUUAAUUAGCAUUUUUCUCAUUGAUUUUCGAUGCCCCUGAAUGUCCAAUUAUAUUUCAUGGGAUACAUGCAAAGGAAUAUUCAUUCUUUUUCCCAUUCGGUAGAAAAUCAUGUCUUCUUCCAAGCUUAUACUCGAAGGAAGGGUAUAAUUCGCGUUUUAAAAACUUUCCAUUCCCGAGUAAUUUUGAACCUACUCCACCUUCACACUUGGAUUCGGGGUUUCCAAACUACAAGCCGUAUAUUUUCCGCGUACGGAAAACCACACAUUUCUCUGCGGUACUAAAGGGGACCCCAAAAGGGGGCUCAUAAAAUUAGACAGUGGAUUUGAUCCAUAUUGUUAAUUUUACAAGCCACAUUGGUAAAUGCAGAGAUAUGACGAUUUAUGAACGGUCAUUUCACGGUAUUUAAAAGUCCCACAAUUAUUAACUUCUUUAAAACCGAAUUAUGUCCCUCCUUCAAGUAUAAAAAUAGAAGAAGACGUAAUUAUCUACCGAAUGAGCAAAAUAAUGGAUAUUUUUAGGCAUGUUUCCAUGAAAUAUAAUUGAACGCUUAGGGGCAUCGAAAAUCAAUGAGAAAAAUGCAUGCUUAUUAUGUAGUCAUUUUUUACAAAGUAUAGUUUUUGCAGGAAGGAAGUUCAUUCGAAAGCCGGAAUCCUGUGAUAAAUGAAAUAUUGUAGAAGUAUGUUGCAGGCUGACUACCUUUGCAACCCUACUUAAUUAAUCUUUUCGAAAAUAAAACACAUUUCGGAAUUUCGGUUGACGUUUCAUGAGUUAGCCCACCUACUGUAUAUUUAAAAAUAAGUCCAAGUAUUUGCAAAGGAAAUAGACCAUGUAUUUCUUAAAUCCCGGGGACUAGUUCCUCAGUUAGUUGUUAAACUGAUUGGCUGUAUACAACGUCAGCCAACUAUUAAAUAAUGUCUAACAAGAAAGUUUACACCAAUACACGCCAAUCAUAGUCCGUAAACUGGUCGGGAUUGGCUGCAUUUGUUUUCACGUGUGUUCGAGAUUUUCGUACGUAGCAUUUAAAUCGGCACGCCUAUUGUUGCAUAUCUCAUCUCAGCAUUCCCUCCGAGAAUUCGCAGCCUUUUCUUGCCAUUUAAAAGUGAACGUUGUGAGUUUUUUUCGUGUUUCCCUAUGGGGGUUAUAUGGCUGUCUCCUCACAACUGGGUGAUUUGCAUACACACGGGUGGAGGCAGGUCUUUCGGUUUGACCACAAUAAACUGAUACAUGGAAUUAUGUAAAGAAAGCUUUUUUCUGUCGGCCUAGUUAAUCCUGUCAGUAGGGGUGUAGAAGCCUAGUGAUUAACGCAGUUGGUUUGUGCGCCACCUCUAUCUGAUAUUUGGUCAGUCCUGAUACACUACGCGUAUGGGAGAAUUCACCAGAUUGUCGAUUAUAAAAAUGUCUUUUUGGACUUUUAACGCUUCACGCCCUGUUUCAUUAUGCAGGACGUUACCAAUUUCGGCAAAAUUAUUCCAUGAAGGUACUUUCUUCCUAUUUUCUGACUUCGUGGUAGCAGCAAGUUUCAGCCUUAUUUAGCAGGCCGCUGACAGAACUCUGUUUUUGAGAGGCAGGGUGGAGGCACAGGCGCGUAACAGGGCCAUAUUUCCUACGUCCUGACUUUUCGAAAUCAUGCAAACCCCCGUCAAGUUAAAUGUAGCACCCCGCCUCGCGUCAUUUAAGGGUAGCGUUGUUUCCAGGGCUGCCUGCGCGGGUCGCACUGCGGGGAGGGUGGUCGUUGUCAUGAUGACAAAUAUCAUUCCCUUCUGGUACUGUCGCCUGGGCAUAAGCGACCACGGAUGUCGUCUGCGUUGUUCGUAAUUGUCCUCCAAGUUGCGUUUGCACUCGGUCGCACCCGUGUACUCAGUGGGCGUUAAGCUGUUACCGAUGGCUUAGUUCAUAUUUCAGAAGCAAUCUCCGUCAUUGGUGUUCGCGUAAGACCUGCACUGAAGCCAAAUAAAUUUCGUGAAUUCGAAUUUUCAAAUGCCCCUCCCUCUGCCUCCUAAUGAUAUACACACAUAUAUAUACAACAGGACGAGUAUGUCCCGUAAAGCGAUCAGUGAGCCGUUCCUACCAUAUUUAAUAUAUCCGAUCGCAACCGAUAGAACAACGAGCCGGUGGCUUAGUGGUAAGAGGAUUGGACUAAUGACAAAAAGAACACGGGUUAGAGCCUCAGGUGCCUUCAAAAUUGCGGUUGGGCAAGACUGUCUGAUGAACGACAAUAAGUCAGAAACGGCCAUCCGGGUCCACCUUGUCUUUGUCGGCAGCCCCUUGUCCGCAAAGUAGUCCAAUUUACUCCGCCACCUCGUAUCAAUCAACACUGAAGUAUUGUCCCCGUCGACUGAUAUUUCAACAAUUUUUGUAUCAAGUUAUGUGUGAAUGCAGGUCUAUUGAUUUUGAUUCGUGUUUGACUUGUUUCAACGCAGUCCGUAAGCAGAAGAGUAGAAUUUGGUCAUUGUAAGCAUUACUUUAUUCAUUCAUCUGCUCUCGUUUACACCCAGGCGCAUCAUUAGACAUGGGACAAACUGACUUUUCUAGCUGACUUCCGGUCGAUCUUUCCUCAUCGCAAGAUUGCCGUUGGCGGCCUCAUAGGUAGGAUCUACGUUGACUGAGCGUCUGGUUAGCUGGCCAAAUACUGUGGCAUUGUUAAUAAUUGUCUGGCAAAUCUGGAGAAAGUCAAAGAUAAGAAGACGAAAAUUUUAAAAAAUGUGCAGCUUAAUUUAAAGGCAAGAGGAAGUGUACAAAAUAUUUAAAGAUCCUUGGACAGCUGGUAAGGGAACAAGAAAAACUUAACGUCAUUCCUGAUUGCUACAUAAGUGAAUAGUGAUGAACUUUACCAAGAGACAGGCUUCCCCUAAACAUCUAAACGCCAGUCAUAUGCGUUACCACCCGUAUGCUACACAUGCGUCCUUGACAAAACUAUCAGAUUUAUGGAUUUUUAUUUAAGAGGCACAUCACAGUGACGUGCAUUUGCAAUUGCUGGUUGGCGACGGUUUGGCCGUCGUUGCCGACGGUUUCCAGCGUGUGCCUCACAGUAGGUUUGGCGCAGUGGCAGUGACCUGCGCGUGAAUUCGUUUAUAGUAAUGGUGGGCUUGCGAAGCGUCUACCUCACUCUCUCCUAAUCCACCUGGAUCCAGCACAAUGACAGAGUCAAGAGAGCCAGAAGGGGGAGAGUGGACUGGUGGCUGGCACAGCGAAAACACACACCUUGGCGCGGGCCCCAACAUCGGCUCGGAUCCCGCUGAGUAGAAGUGCCAUAGGGGCCACAUUAAGAAGAAGCCAUUGCAGUCUGACUCUCAGUCCACCAGUCGACCAUACCACACAGACGCACACUGAGUUGACCGCGACGUCUGAGCUGAAUAGUAAUUUGGUAAUCCUUAAAGCUACGACUUUUAGUGAUGGUUCCAAGCUUGGCAGAUUGUUUAUAAUGAUGAAUAUGCGUCGGGAGUCGGCCUCACACUCUCUUCCCUCUGCAAUGCACCACUUUAGUGUCCGAGCCGGUCAACCAACUGAUGCUGGCAUUGGACGCAGUGACUGAUUCAGAGCGAAAUAUAGGAGACGAAGUCAUACCUGGGAGCUCGAGUGCUUAGCCCAAACAGGCGGCGGCAUGGUAACGGAAUGGAAAGUUUUACUGACAGAGUCAAUGGAGAGUAAAAUAUGAAUUUUGACCUGUUUGCCGUCACCAAUCAGCUUGGAAAUGAAAAUGAUCACCCCAGUCUCCGUUCUACUGUCCCUUAUGCUUCGAUACCGUUGGAUACCCUUCACUAUGUGACUACCUCCGUCGGCCCUAAACUGAAGCUCCCAGACAAAACGGGUUUGUUCGUGCUCGCUCCUGCAGUCUGGGUGGCAACCAUUCCUACGUAAAUUGUAGUGUCCCUGAUCGCUCCCGAGAGUACGCUCGCUGUUAGUUUAAUGGUAGUCUGCUUGACUUAGCGCCUAGUGACAAAAGUUCUUGGUUUUCAGUCCAGGAGAGCCCGUCGCAAGGUAGAGGUACGGCUGUCUCACGACAGCAAAUGAAACAGAAAUGCUCAGUCCGUUCUCUGUUAUGUAAAGUGACGCUACUUCUAUGUCAUUUUUUCUAAAAGACCUGCUUACCAGUUAGAUCAUCAGCCGUUUGUACUGAAGGAUCUCGUUAUCCACGUAUUUAAUGAUUUUUACUUCAGUUUCACUAUCCGAUUUGCGCUCCCCUAGUUGGCCAAUUCGGUUUUGCAUUCCGGGGAUGAACACAAUCCGUUCUGGCCACAACCUCAUGAGUAUCUUGCUAAUACAGAAAGCACUUGCCGUGCAGUGUGACGAAAGGCCACGUGGUAUCUUUCUUAUUACUUUUAUAAUGACUUUCAGACAAUUCUUGGGAUCUGUUUGUGGCAUUCUGGUCGGACACGGAUAUAUGUACUUCCCUGAACUAUGACCGAAGAUCAUCUGUGAUAUUGGAAUGGUGGUAGUAGUAACCUUUUAGGUGAUAAAGCUUGAUGUUCUUAAAUGUUUAGUAUAUAUAGGCAGAAUGGCAUUACCGACAAAGACAAAGGAGACUGGAAUGGCCAUUUCUGGCUCAUUAGCCGUCGUCAGCCAACCAUACCCAAGCCCGAAGUGUGAAACACCCGAGCCUCGAACUCGCGACCUGUUGGUUUAGAAGUCCACGUUGCGUGCUUUUUUAAUGCAAUAAAAAGGGACUUCGUAGGAAGAAACUUCAGAGUGGGAUGCGCAGAUCCUUGGCGUUCCACGCUCUGUUCACAUACCGACUCGCGGUUGCCUCCAUCGCAAACCGUUUUCAUCUAUACCCGCGAUGUUAGUGCGAAUUUACUUAUCAAUGAGUAGGUUUAUUUAUUUUCCCAUAUUAGGUGCGUAAGCAUACGGGUACACAACGCAUUAAUCAAAAACGUUGUAAAUUGGUCUAUAUUCUUAAUUCCGGCUUAUAUUGCAUGGUCCCGCGGGGUUUAUAUUCGAUUUUGUAUAUUGUUAUCUCAUGGCCUUUUGAACGGUACUAACUAAGUUAACCAAACCGAUCCCACAAAGGUCGCUUUUCCUAAAAUGCUAUUACGUGCGACAACAAAGUACACCUUGGUAGUGGAAUUCCGCUCUGUAAGCUCCAAAUCUGAUGACCCACCCGCGGGCAUAUUGGAUGUGCACACUGGCUCUGUCAAUCUCUCCCUUUGCUGCCAUCAACUUCCACAGCAAGGAAGGAAAAGAGAAUCAUGACUUUUAAGUUUCCUGACCUAAAACGGGAGCAAAUGGCGGGAAGUCUUGUCUAAUAUGCACCACCGGGAAAUGCUCAACCACAUGGAGUGUGAAAUAUUAGCACUUUUAUACUGUGAAUCCCGAAGAUCUCAAAUUUUACCAAACAUCCUGUGCGACCAAAGCCAUUGUCUUUAUUUUCGUUCGUCACCGCAGGGCUUUUGCAUCGCGCGUAGGCAAUCAUUGCUUUACGACCUUCAAGCAUCCGCCACCCGGACCUCUGCGUGGCUGUUCCAAAGACUUCUGUUUUUUAUAUAUAGGACGAAAUAUGCCCGAUAAGAAAUAGCAGACUUACCUUUGCAUCGGUGAACAAAAUAACUGCGCUUCCACACGACGAAUUUCAGGGAAUAUGGAAACUCACACGUUAAAAAAUAUAUUUUUAAAGAGGCAGGCUGGAACUCCGAAUUCGCCCCUGGUGCUCGCCUCCGAGUUAUUACAAGAACGUACGCCAGCUAUGCAAAUGCAUUGUUUGCUUUCCUCUGACCACUGUGGUGGACCUAUUUCCUCCUGGCCUACCACUCUGUUAGGGCUACACAGCAAAUCGUAUAUACUCAGGAGAGUGAUCCUGUGAUGAGUAUGUGGCUCAGAAAUUUCCGUUUGUUUAUAUGAACUGGUCAUUCUGAGCACGCCGUGCAAAGCGACCUUCCCGUGUUUCGUUUAUUUUUCAUUCUUGCAGCCGUGUACAAUAGAUGUGCUGUCUCAUGGGAUGUUGACUGAUGUUCUGAAAUGUGUUUUGAGCGAGGUUUCAUCCUGCAACGCACUUGAUUGAUAUCAUAAAACUAGCUUCCUAAACAAUUUUUGUAGAUGCGAUUGCGCCAACCUUACAUAUACCACGUGGUUGCGCCCUCCUUACACAUUUAAUGCAGCGAGUGUCUGUGGCUCGAGUUGGGGAAUCCUUAUACGCCAUCCUCGGCUACAUCAGAUAUCAGCUCACACGCGCUUCCCUGCGAGUGUUUCGACCUCAGCUUGCGCCCUCCUUAUUAUCUUAAUCCAGCGGGUGGCUAAAUAGGAUUGUUAAUGGCAUUGUUCGGGUGGAUUAGAACUUUGUCGAUUCCACCAUAGUGACCAUGCACUGCGAAUUAACACGCGGCCUUCGAGUUCUGAUUGCACCUUCCUCAUCAUCUUAAUCCAGUGAAUGACUGUGUCGCGUGGAGUAUGUAAACGCCAUCUUCGGUUUCACCAAGCAUCGGUUCACACGCGCCUCCCCGCGCAUGCUUCGAGCUCUGCUUGCGUCUCUUUCCCUUGCCAAAUCAGCGAGUGGCUAUGACUGUUAUGUUGACUAAAAAUGUUUUAGUAAGCUAGCCGUAUGGCAGCAGUCAAGUGGGGCUCCGCCUGUUUUUAAUUCAAAAAGACUGCAUAGGUAGGGUUGUUAUGCCAUUUGUUGUGCAUGUUUUCUUUAAAAUAUGUUUAAAUUUAUAGGGUCAUGGAAGUUAAGUCGAAAAUUCAUACUACUUAAGUAGUCUUUUAUCCUGAGUGGGGUUUUCACAGGCGACCGGAAGGAAACUCGCUCAAAAGCAGGCAUCCUGGCGUGACUGGAACAUCUUGGGAUUAUGCUGCACGGCGAUUACUGGUGCGAUUCUUAUUAAGCAAUCUUUUCGAAUCGAAAAUACAUUUCAGAUUUUCGGUUAGCACUUCAUGAGAAAGCGCAUCUGUAGUAGUUGAACAUUUCCAGAAAGCAGUUUGCUAAAAUAAAACAAAAAACUUUGAGACUUGAGACAUGUAGUUGCAAUAUCAGAUAUCAAUAGCACAAUGUUCAGUUGACUUAUCAUUCGACCUACGAACGCACUCGACGCAACGGAGGGACAGAGGUCGUCCGGCUACCUUUGCUACUCACUGCUGUGUCACAUUAUAAUUGCUUUCGUCUUUUGCAAUUCUGCAGGUCUGGCCGGGUAGCUGUGUCCACCGCGAGCGUUUCGAUUAGCACAGACCACGGCGCCGCCUCGCCUUCCCUUGCAUUGGACGGGACCUCCCUCCUGCGUCGCAGUUUCCCGCCCGAGCAGCGAGCCCCCUCACCGGCAGUACAGGUCUCCGAACCCCUACUUCCGCGAAUCCCUCGCCUGCCGCCUUUCGCGCGUGCUCGAGUCGCCUACGCGAGUGCUCGCGUGAAGCCCACUGUUAGCACUGACCGGACAAUCACGAACGAGGAGGAUGCGGGAGCCGAGCCCUCUCGUGAUGGCUGUCGCAACGGUAGUCGUGGCAAACUAGGUGACCGCUUCACUGAGACUGUGAUCCGCAGGAUAUCAGAGGCCGCAGAAAACAGCAACGGCAGUAACACCAAUGGGAAGGAUGGAAAAGCAACCGCCACAGUCACUGUGCGGCGGCCAAUGAGGAGCACUCUGGAUUACAGAAGACCCAUACCCAAACCCAGGUAUAGCUAACGUUUGUUUGCGUGCUAAUAAGUUGCUCUCUUCCUUGUCUGACCAUUUUCGCACCACUUAUUCUCCCGUAAGGACUUUUCACACAACCGAAUACUUCGCACUCUAAUAAGGUUGUUCUGUAGGUCAGUUACGGCAAGAGUGUGGACAAUGGGCGAUAGGCUGACAAUAGGACAUGGUUCACAACAGUACUGACUUUAACUUUGUCAUCCUUUGAAUGAAAAAUCCUCUACUAAUGGAAGAUCAUUGCAAAUAUCUUGUGACCAAACUGGGAAACCAGCCUUUACACGUACAGUGAGUGACCGAUCUCAUGAAAUGUUGACUGAAAUUCUGAAAUGCGUUUUCGAUUAGGAAGGAUUACUUGGUUGCAGUUGUAACACUGAUUAUCUUGCGGCAUAAUCUUAUAACAUUUCGGACUUGGCAGGAUGUCAGCUUUUGAAUGCACUGCUUGUCAAUCUCUUGUAAAAACCGUACUCGAUAGAAAUGACUACUUAAGUAGCAUGCAUUUUCCCCAUUGAUUUUCGAUGGUCUUGCAAAUUCAAAUAUAUUUUAUAGAAACCACGAUCAAAAAUAGUCUUUCUUUCAGUCAGUUAAUAGAUAAUCACCUCUUUAUAUUUUAUACUCAAGGAAGGAGUAUAGUUAGGUUCUAAAAAGUUUCUAAUUAUGAGAUUUUUUAAGACCCCGCGAUGUCGAUUCGCAUAGCAUCGUACCUCGCCGUCUACCACAGCUCCUCAUGAAAUGUACAACAUAGUCCGUAUCCACUGCGAAAUUUUAUGGACUCUGUAUGAUAUCUUCUUAAAGACGUAGAAGGAUAUGUUAUUUUCUUUACUCGGAAGUCAUGCACCUUGUAAUCUGAAAUCACUAAGCGCUAAUGCAAUGAAUUAUCAGGCUCCAAAUUACUCCUCAAUUUAAAACCUUUUUUGAAACCGGACUAUACCCCUUUCUUGAGUAUAAAAUAUAAAGACGUGAUUCUCUAUUAACUGACUGAAAGAAAGCUUAUUUUUGUUCGUGGUUUCUAUCAAAUAUAUUUGAAUUUGCAAGAUCAUCGAAAAUCAAUGGGGAAAAUGCAUGCUACUUAAGUAGUCACUUUUUACCGAGUUCGGUUUCUACAGGAGAUUGAGAAGCAGUGUAUUCAAAAGCUGACAUCCUGCCAAGUCCUAAAUGUUAUAAGAUUAUGCCGCAAGAUAAUCAGCAUUACAACCGCGACCAAGUAAUCCUUCCUAAUCGAAAACGCAUUUCAGCAUUUCUGCCAACAUUUCAUGAGAUCGGUCACUCACUGUAUUCGCAAAUAUCGAUUAGCAGUAAUGAGGUGAGACCACCUGAUCCUAGGAACCAUGCAUACCCUGGAUACUGGGCGCACUUUCGCUUGGGACAAAAAUGGCAAUAUUGGCGUCAGCCUUUUUAAGAACGUAGUUCCACAAGGCCCUACACUCGGAUGAGUCACGUAUCAGUCGGCCUGUGAGUUGGAGGCGGCGUGCAAAAAAUGGAAUGAACGGCAGUCAAACCAAGCAGAGCAUCAGUAUACGACGAUUGCUUAUAAACACAAAAUCUACGCAAGCAUUGCUCUUUACGUACGUUUAUAAAGUUUCCUCCUUGGCACACUCACACUACAUCGGACGGAGAGCUAGGGAACUGGCACCAAACAUUUGGGGACUAAAUAUUUCCAUCUUUCCCAGCUGACAUAUAUGACUUUAGCAUAUAUUUCAGCCAGCAUACAGUCCCUCCUUUGUAGCCUGUUGGUCGUUGACGCCAUUCGAUGCUUCAUAAUCGGUGUCGAUGAUUCACAAGUCCAUUGUUUGACAAUCUUGACAAAUUACUGGUUAAAACAAGGGUGGGUGAAAUGGUCGUUUUUGACUCAUUACCUACAUUCAGACAACCACACCUCAAAUCCGGGUAUGGGAGACCCUCCACCUAAUCCUCAGUUAUGUCGGCCAUUUAACUUCUCUAUCAGUUGAGUCAGGGGCUCAUCACGUAAAAGCUCUAUCUAUCAUUAGAUGGCUGUUAUAUGUUUUCUUCUUACAGGUGUCCCUUACUCAAAGGCCAAGUAGUCCCGACAGCUAAGGCGAUAUAAAUAGGUUGGCAGUAGUGAGAUGAGCAUGCGCAUAAUCGGCCUCAGUCUCCUUUCCCACGCUUUUCAGGUUGCAAAAGCGAGACCGAGUCAAGUAAUCUGUAGAAGACAGUGGGGUUUAGUGGCUGAUCAGGGCCCUGUCUCUGUCCUGCACGUGUCAGGCGCGUACCGGCAGAUCUAUUAGCGAGAACUAAGUAAUUUGCUCAAUAACUGAAAAUUAACUCCCCUUUGGUCUGAUGUUGUGGCACCAUCCGUUUUGGAUGACCUAAAUCAAGGGCUACCCGUCACAACUCGAUACCGCGGGGAUCGUUGCUGUUGCGAACAUAAAACUGUAUUUGGUUGAUUGAGAUACAGCUGCGAGCACGGGAAACAACGGCAAUGUCGUGUACCAUAUCUCAAGUCGGGACUCAUUCGCACCACAUGGCCCAAUAUUCAUGGUUGCAUGAGGCGUAAUCCAUGCAUUGCGCGGAAUCCCCACAUGCUUUAGGCCGUCUGAAUCACGCACGGUUACGAAUCAGCCGGUGGAGUUAUAAUGUGCCAGGAAAAAGACUGAGUCAAGCACAGUGCUUCUAUCGUUAGUUCGCUCGCGUCUGUCGCCUGCCGCAUACGAUCUGGCUAAUUAGUCGGCACCUACCAAACCUCACCGGUUCACGAUGAGUGUUAGUAUAUGGUCAGAUUAAAAUAAAGUCGUUGCAAACUGCCUCUUAUUCUCUAGGAUCGAAUUACCCCACCAACUAGUAAUAUUUCACAGCUAGACUUCUAAGGGUUCGCGUUAAUUCACAGACCGAGAGCAAAUUGAUACGCAGCAAAAUGGUCUACAAAUGGAGCCAAGAAGAUACGUCAACUGCACCGUAAAACAUGGUUCCCUACGUAUCUCUCCGUCACUCGAGAUUUGGUGGGGUAGAUAAUAAAAAAUAUAUUGCACUCGACUCUGCCUUCUGUCUGCCUGAAGAAACAGGGACUUUAAUGUAUUCGUUGGUCUAGUCAUAUUACUUUCAACCUUCGCCAAUCCAUCUUUUUAUAUUAGGCUUUUCAUCUGUCUUUUAUUAUAUCCUAGUUUCUGCAAUAUCGCUUAAUUGUUUCCGCCAUUAUUUUUCAACUACUGAGGUUGAAAUUUCAUAGUUUCCGAGUCUGAUCCAUGACUGCCUAGGGAUGCUUUCCAUUGCUAAUCCAGGUCUCCUUUUAUUUAGACCAUUGCCACGACGGAUGGUGAACUCCACGGAUGGUCCUGUUUUGAGAGCCAAUCACUAUGAGGCCUCGCAGUGGACAGUGGAGCCCCCGGCACCGCCCCCCAAGAAGGUUGAUUUCUCGCCUAGGAUCUUUGCGGCACAGGAUGAGACAUUUCCAAGCAGUCACCCAUACUUUCUACGUUCAUUUCGAGUGCUGCACAAAUCCAUGGAUGACAUACCUAGUUCCUGUCCACAUUUGAAACACAGCUCGGCCGUAGCAGUUGGCGGGGGUGAUCACUGUAUUCACCGAUGCCCAACUGAGUCACGGAGCUGGUACCAGGAGCACCGAUCCUGUAUGCACAACGAUACGCGACGGAGCUCCAACCCUCUUGUAGCUGGGCCUCUUCGCAGCACCGUAUCGCUUUCCAGACUUCGACCUAGUGUGAGUUUAAUUUGCUAUGCUUUGAGGUGAUUGUUUGUGCACGUUUUUUCUUUAAAUCGAAGACCUAUGCAGGUGCCAUUUUGACCGACGUGCUCGUAUAUAAAACCAGGUAUAUUACAGCGGCUCGAGUUGUUACAUGUUCAUUUAUCAAUCUUUGCUUUCUGGAAAGCUUUCGUAGACCCAGAGGACAAACACCCCGAAGUUCAAAGAUUUCCAGAUUCUCUCGACGCCUUAUAGAAAGGUGGCUGCGCUAUUCUAAUUAGAAACAGUUCCGGACUUCCUUUUGUUGGCUAUAGCGUAUACAACAUCAUUGAUUAUUUCGAUUUCUUAACAUAUUUUCUCAAAGCUCUGCUCGUUUCCUGUGACUUUAAUCUUUGAAUUCAACUCAUAAUCUUGCCGUAUAAAACUGAAUGAAGAGGGCUUGUCAGGUUCCAUACACCUAUAAGUCGGCAUUUGCAAAGUGAAGUUAUACCAGGAACCACAUCUGGCACAUCAUGAUUCCCACCGAGGAACCGAAUCCCUCGUAUUUUCUCCUGCAUCAAUCAGAAAUUCGUGAAACUCGUCUGAGAUCUUGGUCAGUAUUCCCGUUAGGUAUCUGGCGAAAUAAUCUGCGCACAAUUCCCACUCCGUCAAUCGAUUAGACUUGGCUAUGAGAAUUUACUUACGUUUUCGAGGAUUUAUCUUUCGAACACGAGUUAGCUUACAUAAUAAAUUAAUAAAAUUAUAGUAAUGAAUCUAACAACUGGCAUUGUUAGCGACCUGGCCUAGACAGCUCCUCCUCUUGAGUUUAUUCCCCUCGUCAUUCUUUGACUUCGUGGCGGAAAACGCAUAAAAACCUUUAAAUGAUGGCGUGGAAGUAGGUGAAGGCUUUCGUUGUCUUUCGCUUCAAUUUAAACAACAUUUGGAGAUAUUGUUUGCUAAAGGAUAUUUUGUUCUAGCAGGUACCAUUGACAUCUGCUGGCAGCUUAUAUAAAACUGAGUACCAACGGUUUGCGCCAAGUACAGCUAGACAGAAGUGGGACGUUUAUGAUAAUUGCUGUGGUUCCCCAGCCAAACCUCAAUUCUCAGACCGAAAGACCCCAGCAACCGAUCGGUUGCUAAGCGAGCUCGAAUAUGAAUUUCAGGCUGCAUAAAUGUUAAGUCGUGAGAGUUACUUGUGAUUUGUUUUUCGUUUUUUGACUUCCCAGACAGGGAGAUCCACCGUCUAUUUUCAACAAAUGUUAAGUGUUGUUGAAAUAACAACUGAGAUUUGCGAUUCUGCUUAUGAUUUUUAUGGUGACGAUUCCCCCAUCAGCAUCCCGACUGAAGCAGAAGUGUCGGUUAAAGACAGGGGACCGAAUGUCAUACCGCCGAACAGCCGCCUUUCAUUAAACUAAUGCGUAUCUCAACCCAUUGGUAUGAAUGUCUGCCUCGUAAACAGAAGAGCAAUUAACGCUUGGGAUGCAGUAAAAGAUAUUCGUCUGUUUCGCGGUAAGGAUGGAAUGCACUACUCGAGACAGCAGUGUACACAAGAAGGCUACUGGAUUAUGGACGAUUCAGGUGCUAAGCCGAUUAUUUGUCAUGUGGUUGUUUCAGAAAUUCGUUACAUGUGGUACAGGGAUGAGCACUUCAGCGAUAACGCUCCCCCAUCCGGAUCGAGCAUUCGUGGUCGCAUCUGACAUCUGUGACGCCCUAAAAAUUUGACUUUGUCCGUUGUCCACAACUUUGACGACGAGCCGGCGAACCAAGUUUAGUCAUUUGUUCAAUGUUUUUCGUUCCUAAAGACCUUGACGCCUAUGAUAGUGAUGCCACUUUACUUCCAAUAUAUGUACUAACCAAAGGCGUAGGCACCUGUUUCGCUGGUUUCUGCUGCCUCACGGCGCAACUGCGGCGGAUUCAGUCGACAGCAGCCCCAUCACGAACUACAAAUUCUUACGCAUUUAUCAGUAGAUCAAGUGCUUGGAAGCAAUUAAUUUGUACAUCUGGAUGGAAUUGGCCGCACCCCUACCAAUUGUAACUUGCUCUUAAGUCCGAAUUCAAGGAUAAGGUCUCUCAUACUGUGUUAGAUAUGCCACUUUUGGAUGACUGCAUCGUCAUUCAAUGCCAUAUGCAUGGUGUUAAGCAAAGGUUUUGUGUUUUAACGUUGAGUGUCAAGUGAUCCGUAAAUGCAAAGGAGACGAAUUGUAAUUAUAUCAGCUCAGAAACGAAUUACUUCGAAAUUAUGUUUAACCCAUCUGUUUGAAUACUACAUAUUUCACAAAUGUCUCUUUAGUCGGGUCGUCUGCUCUUGACGUCAGUUCUUCUUCGUUGUAUUUUUCAACUACUAUUUAUCCGCUCGAAUAUGUGUUUUUAUUUCUACCAAUCGACAAUUUCUGCAGAUUAAAUAUUGCCAUUGUUAUUGACUAACCGAUAUUGCUACCGCACUUCGGUCUUUUAAAACUUUUUCAUCCUUUUAGAGCACGUCUUUCAAUUUUCACUAAAAUUGCAAACUUUCCUAUCUGUACCCAAAUCGUGGAAUGUUCAGAGUUCGCGGGCCCAUGGUAUAGUUUGGACCGCCGUCAACAAUGGAAAGUAG